GCCCAGUUGCUUGAAUAAAUAACUAAGACACAUGUCAAUUGAACGGAUUAUUACCACUGUUGUUGAACUUUUGCUUUUUUCCAUCAUGUGCUUGGAUGGAUAUCAACAUUUAAAAAAAAAAAAAUUCUGUCCUACAGACAACUGCCUUGACUGACCCAACUCGUGCUCCAGAAAUAACAACUGUAUGGAGCACUGAAAUAGAUACAAUAACUGAUCUAGGAGUGGUAAUGUCAAGCCGUACUGUGAGUACAAUUUGUUUUGACUUAACAAACCCAUAUCGAGACUGAAAAGAAUCAUUAAAAUAAUUUCUAAAGCUAGUGGUUACUGUGUCCAGUGCGCUUAUAAAUUUAGUACCGUGAUAUGCAAGCAGCUAUACACUCUAGUGGGUGUUCUCCUUCCCCCACUCAACAUAAAAGUGAACCAAAGUGAAUCUAGUAUGAACUGGGUAUAAAUCCAGAUCUUACUAGUCAAAUGAGUGAAGCGCUAUAUAUUUUCACUUACCCUAAUUUAGGGUUAAAUCUCAGAUGUAUGUUGAUACAUAGAAGUAAAGAAAACACAAUACAACACAAUAUAGUGUAAAUCUGUAAAUAAUGGGGAUUUUUGAUGUUAUAGCAAUGGUCAAACUCACAUGGAAUAGAGCCUCAAACAGGACAGGCUCAAGUCACUUCCACCGUAGUGUCGUAAGGAGACACUGCACCCUUUAACUGGAUUCAAAUUUCCUCAGAGAAAGAAAAAGGGAAACAAAAAAGGGAGAAGCCCCCUAGUGUACUAUGUUUUGACUUAAUAGUUUUAUACACAGUAGUUAUGGUGGUGCUCACCUUCUUUUGAGCCAAUGAGAACCUGGCUCUGGAUGGUUUCUAAUCCAACUUUCCCUCUUGAUCAUUAAUUUUAGACCUAGUGCCCUCUUGUGCAUCUUAAUCAACUUGCACAUGAUCGGUGUCAUGCCACUUUCUAACUUACUGUUAAUAUCAUGUCCUCUGCUUUCUGAUAGCUAGUCUACCUGUGUUCAAGUAGUGGAAUUUGGCUGGCUGGUCCUUCUUAACCUUUUAUUGAAAUUAAAGAGCUAACUACAUGUAGACUGCUCAAAAAAUCUUAUUAUAUUCAGGUUCAUCCUGGCACAUUCUGGCACUAUUAGUGUGGCUGCAAUCCUGUGUGCUAUGGCUUCAUAAAAUGGGCCCAACUAGUCUUUAGUAUACCAUAAGCAGGGUUUAGAAGUUCCACUCGAAACUAGCCAUUGGUGCGUGAAAAUUAAACACUGUCAAGAAGAAAUUCAACCCCAGUUGGCAUUCCAUGGACUAUCUAGUCUUGCAGUGGCAAGUAACUUUUAAGACCUGGACAGAAGCGUAUGUAUAGGCGUACUCUCUGAAUUGUUUAUUGUGCUCUCCUCAAGUUUUCAUAACCCCAUUUUAUGUCUUAUGCUCCCUUUCCCUUUCUUAUGUCUCUUUCCCUUUUAUGUUUCUUACCUCUUUUUUGUGUUUUUAACCAACCAUUUUUGUCUCCUUCCCAUCUUGUGUCUUGUGUUGACCCUUGCCUCUUUAUGCCCUACUUGCGUCUUACACCACCCUUGCAUCAUUAUACCUCCUUGCAUCUUAUUCCCAAUUUGUGCCUCUUAUGCCCCCCUUUCUUCUUACCCCCAGUUUGUGUCUCUUAUGCCCCUUAUGUCUCUUAUGCCCUUUUUGGUCUCUUAUACCCCGUUCCUCUACCUCAAUCCACAAGGCCACACUACACAUAGUAAAAGGCGGGACUGCUACAACACCCCCACCCCCCCGCCGCCCACUGCUGCGUACAUCACUGAGCAAGGGACUUCAAAUAUUUACUCCAUGAAUAUCUAAGCCUUAUUUCAUUAUUUCUUACUCUGUGCAUAAACCCCAUCUUAGUUGCUUCUGUUAAGAUUGAGAGGAAUAUAUAAGAAAACAUCAAUGGUACAAUUGUUCCAUAUUAGCCUUUAACUUUGAAGAACGUUUUAUUGGAAUUUCCUGAUAAGAUAAAUUCCAUGGAGGUGUAUCAGAGCCGUCUUGAAAUGAAUUCAGGAUUGUGCUUGUGCUGAUAAAUAGCUAACUGAGAGAACAAGUCAUGUCCCAGCUAUUUGGAAAUAUUGAAAUAUAGGUGGAUAACUAAACUAAUAUAAACACUCUAAGUAGUUUCUAUUUGGCCAAAGAGACAUUCACUGACAUGUCUUAAAAGAAAAAUAAUUUAUAUUAUAUUUAUCUAUACAAUAUUUAUUUAUGCAUAAGUCUCCUUUAAAGGCCUUGUACUUAUUCUAAAACAUUUAUUUUGCACGUUUUAUAUAAAGAACAAGAGCUGUGUAAGUCAAAUGAGAUAUACGUUGACUGAUUAAGUGAACACAGACACACAAACUGAUUUGUUUAUGUUCAAGACACACAUAAAUUAAAAAAAAUAGCAAGUUGUUGCUCUUGAGGUCUUCUGAUUUCCUCCAUCACAUCGCUGGGUGGACGUCAGCAUUUAAAAGAAUACAAUUUCUGUCCUACAGUCAAAUACUACAGUUGCAGCACCUACUACUCCAGAAGAAACAACUACUCUAACUACAACAGUAGGAACUACAGUGGUAGGAAAUGGCCAACCAGUGAAUACGAUGUGUUUAUUAUGAGCAAGCUCGAUCAAAAAUGAUCUGAGAUCAUUAAAACAAAUAAUUAUUUCUGUGAAAAGCUACAUGUAAACAUUGAUUAACAUUGAGAACAAAUUAAAAAAAACUAAUUGCUAAAUUAAUGGAUCCCACUUCUACCACCACAUUCUGUGAUACUGUGGUGUAGUAAAAUGUUUCAACCCUAUAAUAUGUAAUAUAUAAUUAAUAUUAUAUUUAACUACAUAAUAUUUAAAGACCUUGUACUUGUUCUGAAACAUCUAUGUUGCACGUUUUAUAUAAAGAACAAGAGCUGUGUAAGUCAAAUGAGAUAUACGUUGACUGAUUAAGUGAACACAGACACACAAACUGAUUUGUUUAUGUUCAAGACACACAUAAAUUAAAAAAUAGCAAGUUGUUGUUCUUGAGGUCUUCUGAUUUCCUCCAUCACAUCGCUGGGUGAACGUCAGCAUUUAAAAGAAUACAAUUUCUGUCCUACAGACAUCUACUGCAGUUGCAACAACUACUACUCCAGAAGAAACAACUACUCUAGCUACAACAGUAGGAACUACAGUGCUAGGGAAUGGCCAAUCAGUGAGUACGAUGUGUUUAUUAUAAGCAAGCCCAAUCAAAACUGAUCUGAGAUCAUUAAAACACAUAAUUAUUUCUGAGAAAAACUACAUGUAAACAUUGAUUAACAUUGAGAACAAAUUUAAAAAAAAAAUUAAUUGCAAAAUUAAUGGAUCCCACUCCUGCCACCACAUUCUGUGAUACUGUGGUGUAGUAAAAUGUUUCAACCCUAUAAUAUGUAAUAUAUAAUUUAUAUCAUAUUUAACUAUAGAUUAUUUAUGUAUGCAUAAGUCUCCUUUAAAGACCUUGUACUUGUUCUGAAACAUGUAUGUUGCACGUUUUAUAAAAAGUACAAGAGCUGUGUAAGUCAAAUGAGAUACACAUUGAUUGAUCAAGCGAUCACAGACACACAAACUGAUUAUUUAUGUUCAAGACACACGUACAUUCAAAAAUAGCAAAUGAUCACUCUUGAGGUCUCCUGAUUUCUGGCAUCACAACGUCGGUUGGAUGUCAACAUCUAAAAUAAUAAAAUUUCUGUCCUACAGACAACAGUUGUUCCAACUACACCAAUUGCUACUGCAGAACAGACAACUACUCAAACUACAACAGUAGCAACUUCAGGGGUAGUGAUAAGCAAUUCAGUGAGUACGAUGUGUUUUAUAUAAGAAUCCAAUCAAAAACUGAUCUGAGAUGAUUAAAAAGAAUCAUUCUGUCCGUGAAAAGCUAAAUUUGAACAUUGAUUAACAUUGAGAAAAACAAAAAUCAAAAAAUUGCAAAAUGUCUAGAUCCCAUUUCUGCUACCACAUUCUGUGAUACUGGUGUGUGUUAAACUAAAAUAAAAAGCUGGAGAUUGAUGGUGUUUGAAGUUCACUUGAGCUGCAAAAUUGUUGGGUACUAAAGCUCUUCUUUCUGAGCUGCAUAUUCUAUUAAUUAUUUCUGAUUUCAUUUUUUUUAUUAUUUUUUUACUGUAGUGUAAAUCCUUUGCAGCAGAUGGUGAGUAUGCUACCAAUAUAAAAGUUUUUAGUUUUUUUUCAAAUUUGACUCAAAUAACUAUAAGCACUGAUUUUCACCUCUUUCACUUUUUACAGCAACUCUCACCUGCGAGCGGGUGGGUAGCACGUAAGUACCAGAUUUCUCUUCAACAUCUUUAAAGCGACGUCCUUAAAACAAAUGCUAUAUAAAAAGGGUAAAAAAUAGAAUAUAUGGUUAAAGUAUUCAAUCAAAAAUUUAUUGCAGGCUUAGUGUGAAUUGCAUUAAAUUCGUAGAGAAUUCAAACUGAAUUUUAGAUUUUAGGCCAACAUUAGCCAAACUAUAAACACAGCUGACUUGAAUUUUCUUUUGACAUUUAGUUAUUGUGGCCUAAAAUUCUAACGGCUAAUAAAAAUGCUGAUAGUCUCUGGAAAGGCCUGGUCCCAUGUAGCAACAGAGUAUUCAUUGUCUACCUUUAUUUUAUUUUAGUUCAGACUUAGACAUGCUUUUGCAAGAAGGUUUGAGUGGUGAACAAGCCUGCGCCUAUUCUCUACUUCAGUAUGCCUGUGCAAAGGUAAGUUUCUCCAAAAGAUAUAAAGCAUAAAUAAAGCAACACUUGUUAGGGGGUCUUCGAGACAUGGACGAACGAAUCACAAACCGAAUGAAACACGCAAUGGCCAAACAUGUUCGUUUUGAGGCGUGAUUCUGAAUUCUGCCCAUGGCACCAAAAAAUAAAUAAAUAAGAUGAUUGAUGGGAAACAAUAUGAUUGAUGUCCAGUUGACAGUCACUAAAUGUAGAUUUUAUUCACAGUUCAAGUGAAAAGUGUCCAAAAAAGGGAAAAGGUGCAAUAAAAAAAAAUCUAUAAUUAUAUAUUAUAUACUUAAAAAAUAUAUAACAUAAAUAUACUUUUUUUCUGCUCUUCUUGUUUUCCCUCUUUUGAUGACUUUUUCUCACUUGAUCUUUGAACCAAAUAGCCGACUUGUGCUCCUAUCAGUGUACAGCAAAAUAUAUACGUAAUAUUUAUAUCAUAGGCCAUUUUGCUGCACUUUUGGUUCGUGCGAUUCCUUUCCUGAAUCAGUUUUUUUAUUACUGAAAUUUGGUAAUCCUGAAGAUUACUUUAUUUUGGGGAGUAAUGGUUCGUCAAAACCAACUUUUCUUGUUGUGCACUAUUCUAGCAAUCCCUGCACCUAUUAAGUUCCUUUACUCUGCACAAACCUAAGAAAAUAUUUAGGACAAAAAAUUUUUUUUUUUUAUUGAAUCUGUAACAUUUACAUGUCAUUUUUUUUUACAGGUUGGACAAAUGCUUACAAAGUGUUACAAAUGUUUUCCUCUUGUUUUUAGAUCAACUUAGCCUCCACAGACACUGUUGUGGCGAUCUUGAAAUGUUUCAUCACAAAUCAAGAUGCAAUCUUUUCCCAAGAAGCUACAUCUUUGUUCGUCUCCAAGUUAUCUCUAGAUACAUUGAGAGAAACGUUCGAAGCAGUUGACACCCAGGUAAAUCUAAGUAUAUUAAAAAAAAAUUACAAAUAAUUUCUGCAAAUUGAAAAUGUACUUUUGUUCACCAGUUUUAUCAUGUUUUGCUCUCACCACAAGCUAUUUAGUACUUCACUUUAAAUAAUUUUUAUUUUUUCAUUUGAUAUUAUUAAUUGCAUAACACUUAGAUAUGAAUAUGACACAAUAGAACGUGUGCGUCAAUUUACGAGUGUAUCAUUUUGUAUCUUUUAGGUCCCUGAUUCAUCCAUUACACCCAAGGCCAAAUCUUUCAUACUAAAUGCAGUUUGGGAGAAGUUGAGGACCAAUCCUUCAGCUCUCACCUCAGGUUCAAUAGCCGCUUGGUUCCAGGAGAGAUUAUACGGUUUCCUGUCUGCUAUAAAUCUCGAUAUCUUGGACUGUAUGGCUGACAUUCCUCUCACAUGUGAUGCAUUCCAAUCUGUGUAAGUUCAAUUUAACAAUGUUCAAGAGUUCAAGACCAAGACAGACUAAUAAAAUUACUGUCAGAGCAGUGGAGGACCAAGAUCAAAACCACAAGUCUAAUUCACAGUCCAAACACUGCUGAACUAGUUUUGUUUAGGGAAGAGGCCAGCAACUGUGAUGUCUCUAGAAGGUGCAAGUGUAUGUUUGAAUUCUAAUACACUCUGGUGAGCAUUGAUUGACAUGUGUCAGAUAUAGUACCAAAACGUAACAGGGAAUGACACCUACAGAAGUGUAAAUGGCAUUGCAAAUAAACAAUAUAACAUGGUGGGACAAAAAGACCGCAGGUCAUGAGACAUUAACAUCUGUUAGAAAUACAAUCAUUUUUUGUUUUUUUGUUUCGAUUUUGUCUAGUGUUGGUGCCUUGGAUCUUAAUUAUGCAAACUUUGAUAACGCCACCCAGCAAGAGAUUGGAAAUUGGAUUUCUCGAUUCAUCCAGAUAAAUUGUGAGUAACAAGAAGAUUGCAAUGUAUUUCCAUUGCAAUUUGGUUUGUUUAGAAAAGAGUACCGAAAAGAAAUGUGCUGCAUUCUUGUUUUUGAAACUUUCUUGCCGUAUCUAACGACUGGGAGAAUCUAUGCAGCCUUUCUGCUCAGUGGGUUGAGAUAUAUUUAUAUAUCAGUCUCUAGAUAAAAUAGUAGCCUAGACUGGAAAAAAAAGACAGCGGGAGGCAAAUACAAAGUUCACAUUUGAACUUUAUUUACUUGAGUAAAAAUUCAACAUUAAUUUAAAGUGAAUUUGAAAUGUUACGCCAAUGAAACCGAACUGAAACUAUAGCUGACCGGAUUUUUAAAAUUGAGCCAUUUUGACCUUCAGUUUGAAAUGAAAUUUGGAUUCACUUUGAAUUCUCACUUAAGUAAAUAAACCCUGUGUUUCUUUUUAGCUGUCCAGGCCACAUUUCUUAAGCAAACUUCUAAUUGUGACAUAGCUGUGGCAUUAUACCCAGAUUAUAUUCUAAAUAUGUAAGUGGUAUAAGAAUAUACUGACCUUCUUGGGCUCAUCUGUACAAUGUUUUGUGUCAACUUAAGCAUUAAUAAAGUUUUUGUACAUUGAAAAAGUGCUAAAAACAUCAUUUCAAAUUUAAAGGGACACUAUAGUCAUCAGAAUAACUACAGCUUAUUGUAUUUGUUCUGGUGAGUAGAAACAUUCCCUUCAGGCUUUUUGCUGUAAACACUGUCUUUUCAGAGAAAAUGCAGUGUUUACAUUCCAGCCUAUGGACACCUUCACUGGUCACUCCUCAGAUGGCUGCUGGAGAUGCUUCCUGAGGCAGUGCUGCACAGUGUGACUGACGUUCAGUAUCUCCACCCUCUGCAUGGAGAAACUGAAUACGAGAAUUUUUCAGGUUUGGCUAUUUUGACCUUAAACUUGAAAUACACUUUGCAUUCUUACUUCAGCGAAGAACCCUUGUUUAUUUUUUAACGAUUUUAACAUGGCAAUGGCACUUUGGGGUGUUCAGUUAUGUAAAUCUGACACAAUAUGCAUUUUCUAUUCUGCUUAAGCUCCAAUAAAAUGUUUGGGGGCAGGGCGCAGGUUUUUAUCAAUGUGGAUAAUUUUAAAAAUGAGUUGCAUAAAUUAGUUUGCCUUUUCUUAACAUUGUUCUGUGUUUUUUGUUCUUAUAGCCUGCAGAAAAAACACAGCAUAUGAAUUCAUUAAUUCCUACUACCGAAGUUUUAAAAAUUCCGUCAACUACAGUGACUAUGAACUAGCAUGGAACGGCAUUGAUUUGGUAAGUCUGCGUUAAUUAAAUUCAUUAAAAGAUAUUAAAAACAUAGCCAGAAUUACAAAUAUUUUCAACUGCUUAUCCAAAAAAAUAAAAAUAAAAUUGCAAACUUCUUUUCUUUAUUUUCUGGGGGAAAACAAUUUUUCGUUACGCUUGAUCUUAAACACACAUAGUGACGAAGCUAGUUUUUGUAAAUAUAUGGGAAUUGGUUAAUAAAUAUCACCAAAUGCACUUUGCAAUUAAUGACACAUUUUUAUUUAUAUGUUGAUUUAAAAAAACAAAAAACAAAACAAGACUAUUUUAGGGUCAACAAAAACACCAACUUAAGCAGAAUAUAAUAUAAGAGUAUUUAUCCUAUAAUCCACUUAGUUGCUCAAAGUCCUUUUAGUAGUCAGCUAACCUUAGCUCCCAUUGACUUCAGUCAUUAGGAAUGCUGAAGCUAGAGGUCCUUCCUAUAGUUUCACAGAUUUUGACUAUGUGAAACGACGCUGGACGUCCUCAUACUUUGAGGACAUCCAGCGUGUUGAAAAAUCCUAUAGGAAAGCAUUGAUUCAAUGUUUUCCUAUGUGGAAGGCCUAAUGCACACACAACGCUCGUUGUGUAUGCGCAUUAUCUUCUACGGAUAACUCUUUACAUGGCCUCGGAGGAGAAGGAUCGUGGUGGUAGAGGGGCACUAUAGGGUUAUGAAUACAGCUUUGUAUUCCUAACACUCUACUGUUCCUUGAAAUGUGAGUUUGGCAUGGUCUGAUCUGAUACGGAAUCUUGUUUAUUUCGUUUGAAAGAAUAGCCUGCUCUCACUUGACCAGAUGCUCUAGCUCAGGGAUAGGCAACCUUCGACACUCCAGAUGUUGUGGACUACAUCUCCCCCGACGCUUUGCCGGGGGAGAUGUACACCACAACAUUUUGAGUGCUGAAGGUUGUCUACCUCUGCCUUAGUUGCUAAUGCCAGCCUUCUUUUUGGAAGGUGUUAGAAGGGGUAGUAUAUCUGGCAGAUUUCCAUGAUCAUAAUGGACCGUUUCAGAGGGCCGUUUCCUUUUCUUUUUUGCAGAGCGCUGCAUUGGAUGUUAUACCUUCAUUCCAAGUGGCUCAAUAUGCCAUUGCCAACAAUGCAUUCAGCAGCGUGGAAAGCUCAACAUCAAUAAUAGAGUUCCUAAAGACAAAAAGUCUAUUGUAUAUUGUGGAUUUCCUGGACAGUGUCUCCCAGUUGUCUGUGGAUACAGCCACCUAUGACAGCAAUGUUGUCAGCAACCUGUUGGAGAUUACACUGGGCAAGUUAAGCCAAGAUGAUGGAGAAGUUUGUAAGUCCAGUUGGGAAAAAAUCUUUACAACGAAGAUCACUUUCAUUCUGACAGCCAUCAAUGAAGCCACUCUGCAGCUGCUUCCUGCUGAUAUGGAUUGCUCGGACUACCGCAGUAUGUAAGUAAACAGUGAACUUAAGAGAAAUGUAAAAGCCUGUCCUUCUUCAUUAUUUUAAUACUGAUGUUCCCUUGAGCUAUGUCUGUAAUACAUCAGAAAAGUUAAAAUUCAUUUUACAAAAUGUAGGUGCAUAUGGAAAGAUGAAAAUGUACCCCAACAGUUUGGCAAAGGGGAACAUAAAAAUGACAGCAGUUGGCUGAGCAACUAACUCACUGCAGUUCAAACUCAAAUAAAUAUAUGGGGCUACAAAUCCCUUAUUUCAUCUUUUUUCCUCAUUUUGAGUUUUAAAAUGCAAUCCGAGAGACACGUGUCUCUUAAUGUGCCCGCCUGUCCACUACUCUCUUGCUGAGAAAAGAUUUAUAGUAUUUUUUUAAUUUUAUUUUUUUAAUACAGUACAAAUUUGAGCUGAACUCAAAGGGAAUUUCAAAUUUAAGGUCAAAACAGCCAAACUGAAUCAUUCUCUAAGCUAGCUAUGCUUUCAGUUCGGCUAAACUGGUCUUAAAUUCGAAAGUUACUUUAAAUUCACUUUGAAUUCUCACGUUAGUAAAUAACCCUUUGACCCUUUAACGCCACUAUCUCCAGGCGCUCAGCGAUCGCACUUGUUAAAACACCAUCCAUUAGCAUUCCCUUCCAUCUGUUUGAUAAAAAAGUUAUCCAAAUCUUUAAAGGUGCAAUACUGAGUAUCACAACCACUAAAUAUAUCAUGACUUAUUCUGAUUAUUAUUUUUUUUGGCAGAUUCAAUGGAAUUAACCUUGUCUAUAACAAGUUAGAUGAAGCAAGCCAGUUGGCCGUCUUUAACUACCGACUUCAGUUCUUGCAACGGGAAGCUGACAAAACAGGUACAAAAAAAAUUAAAGUUAUCCUGGCAUUUUUGUAAGUAGACUAUAUAUUUUGUUGUCAGCUCUCCCAGGUUAAUGCCUGCUGUCACUUUGUAAAUUAUAGAUCAUUCACUCUUAAUAUAGAUUGAUGUGUUAUGUUUUCAUAUAUUAAUUUGUUUUCUUAUUUUUGAUAGUGUGAUUAAUAUAACCGCUAUACGUUCUGGAUCAUGAUUUGCAAAAUAAAUAAUAUAAAUGCCUCUAUUUGUCUGCUACACUAUAAUAUGUAAAGAAAAACCAGACACUAUCAGCGCAGCAGUGCCAGGAGUACUGUGCCCUUCCCUCCGUGUAGAUAGUAAAACUAUUUGCUAACGGUUUGACAACUUACUUGGCAUCGCUGUGUGCCAGUCAUUGAUCAAUGAUCAUUGGAUCCCAGGUAAGAUGUCAAACAAGUAGCAAAUAGCUUGGCUAAAUAAAUUGUGGUGGGGGGGAGGGGGUGGGCACCAUUUACACCUGGCGCCAUAACCACUACAGAAUGCUAAAUGUUGGGCAGGUUAUGUUUACCUUGUAGUAGGGUGUCUUCCGUAUUGACAAAUCUGUUAGUCAACAAUAAUUUCAAAGGCACAGAAGUAUUAUUAUUUUGUUAUCUUGUCAUUAAUUCUAAAGGCUACCAAUGUCUGAUAAAAAAGUUAUUUUUUGUUUUUUAUGCAGGAACGGCCUGUACCUGUGAUUACUCAAGUCAGCAAUGGAUUGAGAAUAAUUUUGGCUUUUCCUUCAGCUUCUUCACAUUCAAUCAAUUAAUAGCCCUAAACCAGAAUUUUAAUGGAGUGAGUAUGCUAAAAGCACACGGCAAGAGAAAAACACCUUAGUUUAUGGUUUACACUUGGUAUUUUGAAUAUAAAUUAUAUUGUUUGAAUUGUCUAUCUUAAUAGAUUUCCCUCGUACCUACGUCUAUCCACUUAAUUCUGCUGAAAUCUGUUUGUUUUUAUUUUAAAUGAUGAUUAACAGUAGUAAUAAUAAAUAUAAUCUUUUUUCUGCCUUAUCUAGUUCGACGCCGUGUCUUAUCUAACAGUUAACCAGACAGUGGACCUCAUUAUCUAUUCUAAAAUCCUAACUGAAGCUGAACCACAGAGUUAUGAAACCCGAGUUAAUGCCGUAACCACUGUUCUAAAAAACAACGGAUAUGCAUAUCUAUUGUCAUUCAUAGAACAGUUUGAGAUUGUUACAGUACAGGUGAGUAUCAUUUUUAACUUACCUUAAAGGAACACCUUAAACACCUUAAAGAAACACUGGAAUAUAUAUAUAUAUAUAUUUAUAUAUAAACAAUUUAGAAGAUAUAAACCCAGUGAAAAUAUGAAUUUGUUUAAUUAUGGAUAUUUUUUAAUUUUAUAAUGGGGGUAUCUAAAAACAGCUGGCAUAAGCUGCAGAUCUCUUGUCUGCAGCCUUUUCAAUCCCUCCCCUUCUAUCCCCGCGCACACUCUCUGUAGCUGUCCAAUUACAGAGUUUCCAUGAUCAUAAUGGACCGUUUCAGAGGGCCGUUUCCUUUUCUUUUUUGCAGAGCGCUGCAUUGGAUGUUAUACCUUCAUUCCAAGUGGCUCAAUAUGCCAUUGCCAACAAUGCAUUCAGCAGCGUGGAAAGCUCAACAUCAAUAAUAGAGUUCCUAAAGACAAAAAUUUUUUUAAAAAAAGGACACACUCUUCACACAUAAAGCACUCAAAGCUGAAGUGCUUAGAUAUAUGAUGUGUCCCUUUAAGUAAGCCACAUCCCAGCGCAUCUAAAAGACAAACGUCCUCCAAAAUACCAAAUUUCUGGCGAUAUUAAGCAAGCAUAAUUCAUCAUUAUACAGAGCUGCCCAGUUAUCUUCUUUACACAAGCAAAUUGGUUUUGAAGUAUUCAUAAUUAAUACAGUGCUCUGUGAUAAAAAUUCAGUGAACAUAAUUAGUGGCACAGAUUCCUUAAAUAUUUCAGAUUGGGCUUUAAUUUAGAUUGUAACGGUGUUCUCUUUUUUUUUCCAUAUUAAAGGAGCAAGUAGUUGGCAUAGCAAAUGAAAAAGUUCGCAGUUUAUUCUUGGACGGGGUAUGGGAAGUUAUAUCUACCCAAUUUUCUCAAUUUUUGUACGCUGAUUGGAACAUAUGGUUCUAUAAAUACCUGACCAUUUUCAUACCAAGCAUCAAACCAGCACAUCUUCGUUACCUCAGCAUUGACGUGGUUAAGGAUUGUUCCAGUUUACAAAUAAUGUGAGUAACAAUAUCAAUGUCAAGAUACAUUCUUACCUAGUUUAGCACCCUGGAAUGCCUGAUGAAGGGAACUUGAAAGCUUGUAAGAAAUCCCCUUUAUUUAGUCAAUAUAAAUAUCACUUUUACAUCUUGUUAGCUAUGUUCUCAAAGACAUACUAUACAGUCAUGUAGUUAAAGGAAAGAUACUAGCACCAUAACCACCACAGCACUCCUGGCACCAUAACCACUACACAACAGUCAGUGGUUAUGGAGUUUGGAGUGUUCAUUCAACUAGCUAUCAUUGUAUCAGCAAUUUUACAUGAAACACAGAAAAAAACACUUCAGUCUUUAUGCCGUUUUAGGAAUAAUUUUCCCUUUUAAUCUAAUCUAGUUCAAAUAAAGGGAAAGGUAUGGAUCACGUUUUACUCCAUUCAGAAUAUUUAGCUGUAAUUCACCUUCUAGAGCUUGACUCCUUAGAAGAGCACUCCAAGCACCAUAACCACAUGAACAUUCUGCAGUUGUUAUGGUGCCAGGAAUGCAUUUCCCCCACCCACCCAUUGUAAGAAGUCAAACGGUUUUAGAAUGAUUUUACUUCUUACCCAGAAUCCUUUGGGGACAGCUCUCUACCACCACUACAGCUCAGUUAGAGCCAGGAAGCUCUCUUCACUGAGCUAAGCCCAGCAGUGCAAGGCUUACCUUACUGGCUGACAGAUUAUGUUCUCAUGGGCUAGACCUAUACUGCAGGGCUUAGCUAAGGAGAGCUUACAGAAGCUCCUGAGAAGGUUCCGAAUCGUCCCUGGCAGAACCCAGGUAAGAAUUCAAAUUGUUCUAAAAUGGUUUGACUCCUCACAUCGGGGAUGAACCAAGGCACUCCUGGCUCCAACACACUGUAACGUGUAUGGUGGUGGGAGUUGUCCUUUAAAGGGUUGCUCUAAACCAGGGGUCCUCAAACUCCGGUCCCCCAGAUGUUGCUGAACUACAACUCCCAUGAUUCUCUGACUAUCUGUGUAAUUCAAAGAAUCAUGAGAGUUAUAGUCCAGCAACAUCUGGGGAGCUGGAGUUUGAGGACCCCUGAUCUAAAUACUAUGACAACUUUGGUGAAUUAAAGUGGUUGUGGUGCCUGGAGUCUGUAAAUGCAAAUUUUCACUAUGAAGGAGCCACAUUUUGUUAACCCAGCAUCAGAGAAGGCCCAGUGCCCAACAAGACCCAGGGAAGAGGGCAAUAGUGAUCAUGAGACCUGAACUAACCCAAUAACAGUUGUAAAACAGUUGUAAAAAUCUGGGCAUCCUUUCUUUUUUAAUGAUUUAAACCUUAGGUUUUAUGGUAUUAAUAAAUAGUUAAAUAUACAUCCUCAAAGAUAAAAGUUAUAAAUGGAGCAGGAAAGUCGCAAAUCAGUAUUGAACACAAUAAGUCUACUCACAUGAUACUGAUAUGAAAUGCUAAGAAAACAGACAUCAAUUUAUCAUCGUUUAAGACUAAGUAAACUGGCUACUGUUUGCCACAAUCUGGAUUCUUUUGCAAAACUGUCUGUCCUAUUCAUUUAAUGAUAUCAGUGCUGUAUUGAAAAGUUGAUAAAUCACACUAAGCAGGACAUCCCACAACGCUGCCACAAGAACUUCAAGAAUUACGAUUCAAUGACACUAACGAAUAUUGCUUAUUAACAUAUAGAAUAUUGAUUGUGAUCUCUUAGAAGCAGUAUAGGCAUAGUAAGACCCACUUAAAGGUAUAAGAGGGAGUGUUUUAUGCCAUAUAUACUUUUUAUUUUCAGUGUUCAAGGGUUCGAUCUUGGAUUUGGUUACAUGACCAUUGAAACUAAAAAAAGUGUUACUUCUUGGAUAAUCAGUUUCCUGACAGCAAAACGUAAGUGUUGUUUUCAUUCUCUUUUUGUUUUUUCUACUUAGGCUUCAGUAUGUUGGUGGUUGUAUUAUUGAAAUCAAUGCAUAGAACAGCUUAACUGCUAUCUGGGUUAAAGUGCCUCCUACACCAGGGGUGCCCAAAGGGUAGAUCCCCAGAUUCUGUAGAACUACAACUCCUAUAAUGCUUUGCAAGCCUGUAGAAUACCUUAUACCCCUUAAGGACACAUGACAGAAAUAUUCCGUCAUGAUUCCCUUUUAUUCUAGAAAUUGUGUCCUUAAGGGGUUAAAAUGACAACACAUCACAGAAGCUGUAAUUUUAGAACAUCUGGGGAUCUACCUUUUGGGCACCCCUGUCCUAGACAAACUUGAUGUUUAGAAUUUUGACGACAGCUUAUUUAUUUUUAUUUUAUUUUUGAGAUUCUAGAUAUCGUCACAUAUUGUAUCAAGAAUAGGCAAAAAAAAAUAAUGAUAUAUCAGUUGUGAUGGGGCCAUAGGAGUCACCAUUCAGAGAAAGUUAAUUGAGGGAUAGUAGUGUCAAAAAACUUUUAGGCGUAUGUUAAUAUAACUGGCUGAAUACCGUUCGGUACUGCGAAGAAUGUGAUAAAUACUAAUUGCAAGGAAACUAACACAAGUAUACGAGAGAACUAAAUGAAUAAAGUUAAAGCAAAGUUAAAGGAUCAAUUUAAACAUUGUUGGAAGAGGACGGAUCAGGUAAAUGCUGGAUUAGGAUGAAAUAAUACAAAAUAAAAACACGGAAUUGGCCCUGUUAUCACACGGGUUGAAUGCUUAUAACAGUUGCUAUUACCUUGAGGAUAAACCUAUGAGAUGUAUGGGUCUUUACCAUUAGCCAAUAUACCUAUAUUGGAAUAAUACGGGAGACAGAUGAGAAGUAGUAGAAGUAAGAAGAAAUAAGCAAAUAAAAAUAACAUGAUGGCCAAGCUAUUAGCUCCAGGAGACCAUGAAGCAAACUAGAGAUAUGAAAAUGAGACAUUUAACUUGUUUGUCCAACAUGUCUUUUUAAUAUUUCUUGUAUAUCCCAGUUCAACAUUAAAAAAGAGAGAAAUAUCAAUGUAUUAUUUCUGGAAAACACUUUAUAAAUUAUUACAGAAGUGGAAAAGUUAAAUGUAAAAAAAAAGGAACUUUUAUAUCUUACACUUCUUUUUUUUACAGAAUGCUCUGACAAUAACUGGUUAACUGUCAACUUUCGACAGUUUAAGGAAUACGUUACUUAUACGGAAAUUUUGACACUGAAUCCAUCAUAUGAACCGGUGAGAAAAUGCUGUAAUGUUUUAGCAACCUCGCAAGCAUUGGUUGUUGUAUUUUAUUAUCUAUCAGAUAUUUAACAUUCUAAGCCCUCGGUUUAAUAUUAGUGGAUAAUAUUUGCAAAUCAAUUGAUGGUUUUAGAUAAAAGUUUUAAAUUAUUUUAAUUAAAAAAUAUUUUAAUGAUACAAAAAUAUCAAUAUAUCAAAAAUACUAAACUACUCUACUAAAAAAUGCGCAGAUGCCUUGUUUAAGGUGUCAGAAGCCAGUCCAAAAGGCAGUGAAGUUGAAUAAGGUUCGGCGGUAACCACUGUCUUUCAAAUAAAUAAUUAUCUUUAUGAAAUAAGCAUGUUAUCCAAUUUGAUCCUGAUGAAAGUUCCAGAUAGGGAAGGAAACGUCAUUUCGCCCUGACAAUGUUUUAUAUGAAAAAGGACACCUUCUCAAAGUGCAGUUGAAGAAAGACAUUUUUUCUUGCAGCUUACACAUCUAGAUGAAUUAACCGCCACUCAAAUAUCAGAAGUUGUGAUCAAAGAAGAGUCAGCUCGGACCAGCGUAGCUGUUAUAAAUACAGUCUUUGAUGCUCUCACUGUGAAUGUCACAUAUGAAGAAGCUGUUGUGAAUCUUGGCUCAUUCUGGGAAGGAUACAAUUCACAAUAUAAAGAGGUAAAAUUGAGUAAUGAUAUUUUUUCGUUUAACAGGUUGCUUAAAGAAUUUAUUUAUUCCUUUUUUUUUCUAACUUUCACCCAUACCACCAUUUUGAAAUCAAACAUGGUAAUUUAAUAAAGUGAGCAGUGUUGGCAAUUUAUAAUGGAUUCAAAGUGAAUUUAAAAUCUAAGGUGAAAAUAGUUAAAUUGAAAAUAUUUCUCCAACCCAGCUAUUCUUCCAGAUCAGCUACUUCGGCAUCAGACUUGAAACUUGCUUUGAAUUCAUCAUGAUAAUUCUCAAUUUAGUGAAUAAACUUGUACAUUUUGAUAUUCCCAUAUUGACCUCUCUUAGAAAUAUAAACAUAAGUUAUAAUAUAUAAGUAGCUCCAGCUAGCUAAAUUGAAUCCCAAAUCUCUCUGUCUGCUACAAUGUACUACUUUAACAUAUGUAACCCUGUAUUCGUUUGUUUGCUGUUUUGUGGAUUUUUUUAUUUAUUUUUCUAAAACUCACCUUUCAUAGAUAACUUGAAAUUACCAAAAUCUGAAUUCUUAAAGACAUAAAUAUAUAUAUAUAUUUUUUUUACUUUUCUUUCUUUUUUUCCCCCUUAGACUAUCACAGUCACUUCUGAAGUCCAAUAUACAAUGCUGCAACGAACCACUUCAAAACUUGCCUAUUUCUAUAGAAACUUCACUGAAACAACAUAUAAUUUUUGGUUUGAACAGAACAUAAUAACUGUAUUGCCCCAAAUAAAUGCUGAAAUUUUAAACCAACUCCCUCUUAACAUGGCAUGUUCAUCUUACCAAAGCAUGUAAGUGAUUCGGCAUUUCUCUUUAGAAAAGGUGAGAUAAUGAUUAUGCUAUUAUCCUUUGCAAAAUUAUUUUCCAAUUUUGUUUUACAGAGUAAGGUCACUAGAUAAAGUGUAUGCUAAGACUGAAUCAGCUAACCGGGAUGAUGUCUACCAAUUUUAUAGCAACUACCUAUCAAAAAGUGGUAAGAAUACCUUCCGCAUAAUAUUUUAUAUACCAAAAUGCUAUCUUAUUGUUAUGUAUGUGAAAUUAUGCGCUGAUUCUAGGAGCUGGAAAAUUGAUUUUUUUCUGUAUUUUUUUUAAUUUUACUGAUGGAUUGGUGUGUGCAUAGAAUAAGCUUAGAAGUGGUUGUGGAAACAGAAUACCACAAUUCAAGACUAGACAGCAAGAAUAUACAGUAAAAAACAAAGAAAAAAGAUUACCUGCGCUCUUCCCAAAUCCCUAUGCAUAUUUAAACAAAUGGAGGUUAUUUAAUUACUCCAAUGGCCACUGGGAAGCCUACCUGCCACGUCAAGGCAAACCUCUUAAGUGGGUCCUACACUGACUAUUUAAUAUACAACUAUACUAAAAAAAUUAAAUCAGUUUAUUUUAUAUUGAAAAGACAGGCUUUGGGGUAAUAUUUAAAAAAUAAAAAUAAAAAUAAACUAUUUAGGAAGUACUCGCCUUGCGAACCAACGGGGAUAUUCCUGCUGAUUAAUUGAAAUUAAUUUUAUUAAAAAAAGUAUAUAGUUCUUUGUUCUCUUGUAAAAAAAAAUGCCUCUGUGUAUCUGUCCUCACUUAUUGUGGACAUACUAUAGACCUACUGAAUUAAUUAAAUUACUGUCUUUUUCUCCCCUUCUAGGUAAAAGUUGUGUACAGUCUUCAGAAUCCCUUAUUAAAUUAUAUCUCAGAAGUUACAAAGAGAAAGCAACAUAUGAACAACUUGUUGUUUUCUAUGAAGAUUUUAACAUAGUAAGUACUUAGUAGUCUUUGUCACAGAUUAAUUACUUAUUUUUUUCCAUGGCUACCUCUAGUAAACAUGUUAAUGGAAUUGAUUGGAGAAAGGAAGCAUAUACAGAGUUCUUUAUCUGUUCCUGAAGUUAAAAAAAAGAUAAAAAAUAAUAUUUUGUAAUGUUCAAAUAACUCAAAGUCUAAUGCCCCUACUAAAUUAGACAGAGAAAUACGGGGAAAGGCUGGCAGAGGGCCGGACAUACAGACGAUAGGCAAAGAAAUAUAGGUUUGGGUUGACCAAGGAGAUUCUUGCCACUUCAUUAAUGUCUGGGAUACUUUCAUAUGAUAGCCACUUAGAAAAUUGAUGACAUAGCAUCACUUUCCUGACUAAAGCAUCUUUCUCUGUCUCUACUUCCACAGUUUGAGACUAACGUGCUCAGUAUCCUAACACCUGUUCAAAUUGGAGAAGCAAUAGUGAAAGCAAAAGUCACUGAAAGCAUCGAAAACGUCACACAGCUCUUCAACUUCCUGAAAACGGUUUCCAUUGAAGAAGUUAAUAGCUGUUUCACCCAAUUCACCACUACUGGAACUGAGGUAUGCGAGAACAUUAGUGUUUAUAUAUUCUUUAGUACUAGAGAUUAUGAGGCAGUGAGGUUAAUGCAAAAUGUAUUUGUUGAAGAAAAUGUAAAGUUGGGCUUACCAUGUGACAAAAUUAUAUAUAUUUAUACAUGGGAUGUUUUGCGUUAAGCACAAGUAUACAAAUGAAAUGUUUUGGAACCUAAAUUAUGACGCUUGUAUAAAUGUGAUUAAUUAAUCACAAGGGAAGAUGUUUUUGUCAUGAGUAUAAUUCUCCAUUCUUUAUUUAUUUAUUUUUUGUCAUGUCCAGGCCAAGUUGGUCAUAACAAGUGAAGAGGUAGGCACAUACAUUCUGGAAAAUUAUCUCACAAUUAUUAGUUCUGAAAUCACGACCUACACGGAGGAGAAUCUGAAAUUGCUGUUUGAAACAAGGAUUAAUUUGAUUAUCAACUUCUUUACUAUACAAUCACUUUCACUGCUCGCUGUUCAAGACUGCAACAAACUGUCCAUUGUGUAAGUACCAAAAAACAAUAAUCAUGCCUAUUUUCUCUUCAUCUAUCCAAGACUUAGUGUAAAACGUAUGAAGGUGCCGGGAAGGCAGAAUACACUACUGUAUUUCUUCAACUGGACCUCAACUCGGCACAGUUAUUUUCUCCCAAUAAUUAUUGACCCUACGUUACUCAUUUUUUUUUAGUUGUGGCCUAGUUAAUAAGCACCUCAAUUAAUGCACCUCCCAUUGAUUAGUUUGGUAUUGCAUAUCAGAUGCUUUGGAUAGAGAGACAGUAUUUAUGUUAUACCAUCCCAUGCCAAAAUCUAAAUAUAUAAUGUCCCGUGCUAUAAUCAUUUUUUUUUUUUGUGAGAUCGUGCAAGGGAAUGUUUAGAGCAGUGGUUCCCAAACCAGUCCUCAAGGCACCCCUAUCAGUCCAGGAUUUAGGGAUUGCCCAGUUGUGUCUAAGGUUAUUUUUUUUGUUUGUUUGUUUCUUUUUCAUUCAUAAUUCUUUAUUUUAUUUAUUUUCUAAUAACAUCUUAGACACAACUGGGUAAUCCCUAGAUCCUAGAUUGGUAGGGGUGCCUUGAGGACUGGUUUGGGACAUACUGGUUUAGAGACAUUUCCAUAAAGUACUUGGGAUUUCAUCCAAUCCCCUUCAAGCAAAUAAUGUACAGAUUAUGUAUAUACAACAUAACAAAAAAAAUAAAAUAAAAAAAGAAGUGGUGGAAAAGGAGUAUAUGGUUAAAUAUAUCAACCUCAGAAAGACUACUACGACCUUAAAUAUUUGCACCCAAAGAGUAAAUAAAACAUAUAUAUAUAUAUAUAUAUAUAUAUAAAUAUAUAUAUAUAUAUAUAUAUAAAAAAAAAUUUUUUUGUAGUUUAAAAUAGUUUAUUUAGGAGUUAUGCCCCAUUUUGAGGGUGUUGGUAUACUUGGCUCCAAUCCCUAUUGAAUUAUUUAUAUACAACAUAAGUCUCCACUUUACUGAUAUUAGUUAUGGCUAGACUACACCUAACAGAAGCUUACAACUUAAACUUCUGCUCUAGAACGUCUACGCAAAAGCUUGAUAUAAUGACUCAACAAAGUGCUCGCAAUGUCAUUUACUGCGAAUACAUGUCUAAUUCACCUAAUGUCAUUUGUUUUAGUGUUACCGAGUUGGACAAUAGUUUUGAUGUCUUGUCUCCAGAAACAAAACAAAUCAUUGCAGACUGGAUAAUUAGCCUGAUUAAGGAUACCACUUUCAAUGGUAAAUCUAAUUUGCUUUCUUUCGGGUACUGUGUAAUCAAAGCUACUGCUAAUGUAUGUAACUGCUCCCUUUUAAAACGAGACAAUAAAACCCCAAUGUAAUAUUUUUGGACACGCUUCUCAAAUAAUGUUUUAGAAUGUGUGUUGUAAUUCAAGCAUUUAUAAAGUAAUACCUUUCUGAAUACAAUGAAUUUUACGCACAGAGGUUAUCCACUAGCUAAAAGCCUCAAUUUAAUUCUUCAGGGUUAGCUUUUCAAAUGAUCACAAUCUGUUAGUAGAAGCUUUUUCGAAGAUUUAUCUGCAAACCUUUAUCUUGAAAAGCUUAUCCGAAAUAAAGAACUAAAGUAGGGCCAAAGUUAGAGAUUUUUUUUAAUUACAAUUAUACUGGCCUAAAUUUUGCAAGUCAGUUGACCACGGCCACCAAUUCACAUUUUAGGAGAUAAAAAAAGCAUAAUGUCACAUUAUGGGCAGUUCAUAUAUAGAAAUCGUUUUUCAACUUUUCACUUUUGCUCCAUUCCUGAUUUUCCUGAUUUUCUUCAGCUCUGAUUCAUUUAAGGCCAGAGCCAUUUGAGCGAGCGCACUGAAAACAUAAAUGUGUUGCCAUAGAAACAUAGAAACAUAGAAUGUGACGGCAGAUAAGAACCAUUCGGCCCAUCUAGUCUGCCCAAUUUUCUAAAUUCUUUCAUUAGUCCCUGGCCUUAUCUUAUAGUUAGGAUAGCCUUAUGCCUAUCCCACGCAUGCUUAAACUCCCUCACUGUGUUAACCUCUACCACUUCAGCUGGAAGGCUAUUCCAUGCAUCCACUACCCUCUCAGUAAAGUAAUACUUCCUGAUAUUAUUUUUAAACCUUUGCCCCUCUAAUUUAACAUAGCAGUAUAAUAACUGAUAUAAAGUUCCUUGUUUCUCUCAUUUGUUUACAUCUGUCAUAACGUUGUCAUGAACAUCGUUAAAUGUCUAUAUAGUCCUAAUAUAAGAUUUUUCAUGUUACACUAGGUUCAGGGAACAAAUAAUAAACUGAGAAUGGUAAAGAAACCACACACUUGAGUUAAUAUAUUAUUUAUUUUGUUGUGUUUUUUGGUUUUUUUACAAUACAGGUUGUCAAAGCAUAUCUGUAAGUGAAACUGUCUGGGUUAAUGAAGUCUUUGGAGGAUUCUUCCAGUUUGUCAAACUGUCAGAAAUUACUGAGGUUUAUCAAGACUUCGACUUUGUAAGUUCAAAAUCCCAUUUAUUUGCCAACUCGUUGUGAAUGAUAUGACAUUGCAAUACCACUGCUAUAAACAUCCAUUUACGCUAUGCUAUUUAUGAUUACCAUACACACGUUACUAAAUUAUAUAACUGUCCAGGAAUGGUUACAAUUUAACCAUUCCAAAAUCACAUGUGCCAUUACUUUUCAUACAAAUCCCAUCACUAGAAAAUGUGAAGUUAGUAAACAAUUGCAGAGAGAGUAAGAAAAUACAGAGAAUAUAAGCAUCAGGUACCAUAUUUACACCUUAAGGACCAAACUUCUGGAAUAAAAGGGAAACAUGACAUGUCACACGUCAUGUGUCCUUAAGGGGUUAAAUUAAAUUACCAUACCAAAUUAAAUUACUCUAAAUAGAUCAAGUCCUAAAUGGGGAGCAAGUUCACAGAGAAAUAAUAAAUAAGAUAAAAGUAUGUAAUUUGUCAUAUGUACCAGUAGAUUUGAAUAUAGGUCUUAGUAUGGAGACAGUAACCAGAGUUAGAAUUCAGUAAGAUACAAGUGCAAGAUAGGUUAUUGAAAGAGUUCUAAAUAUCCUUAGCCAAUGUCCAUUAUCAAUGUAUUUCAACUGCCUAACCGAUACAUAAGAGGAUAUACCCAAGUCACACAAAGAACCAACUUGGAGAGUGUAUUCUAAAACUUAACAAGAAGAUAAGACAGAAAACUUUUCUCUCAUUCACUGAAAAUUUAGAAUUGAAGACUAAGCAGAGGUGAAAUGCUCAUUCUGUGUUUUAUCUGCUAAAUAAUAAGACUAAACUGCCAUUUACCUGGUUUAUUUGUGUUAGAUCCUUAGCUGCCUUCCACCUAUCUAGAUCAUCAGUAGACACAGUUCCUGGUAUUCUAGGUUGUUCAAGCGACCUCCGCGCAUUAGGUUUUACUUACUAACUAAUAUAAUGGCAUAAGAAAUUGACAGUUGUAUGGGAACGGUAGUCCUUUAUGUAACUCCUACAUGAGAUAAUACAAUGUCAUUUUGUUCAAUCCCUUAGAAACUUGUGAUUGCCUAUGCGAGUAUCACCCAGAAGGUAGAUUACAUUGUGUCUUCAGACGCUUUCACCAAUGUUGAAACAAUUAAGUUUGUACUGGAAUCUCUAAAAGAAGAAGACUCAAAUGUGUCUGUCUCUACACUCACUGAGUUCCUCGUGUACUUUAAUACUGCCUACAACCAGGUAACUGACCCUCUUUAUGGAGAACAACACCCGAAUGCAAGUACAGAUAAGUUCAUUACUUAGUAACUAAAGUUUUUCAUUCUUUUAGUCAUCGGACCAGUUAUUAUCUCUGGAUGUGAAACAAGAACUUAUGGACUUCUGCUUCUCAGCUUGGGUGCUAAAUAUCAAAUUUCUGAGUGAAAUACAAGUUGAACUGACUUAUACUUACUUCCAAAACUUCAUUUCUGGCACUACUACCGAAGUUGUUAAACGUAUCCCACAGGACCUCAGCUGCACUCAAUACCGUUCUAUGUGAGUACGACUUUAUUUUAUAAACAGGAGAACAGAUAACGGGGUAAUAAGAUGGUUAUAAAGUAUCACCCCGUUUACGGCAGUCUCUUAUUAUUAUUAUUAUUAUUAUAUAUACAAUAGAUCAUUUUUCUUACAUUUCUUGCUCACAAAUGAGAAUUAAUGAACUGGAAAUCACGAGGCAUGCCAACAAUUUGCAUUGCAUGCCAGGCUGUGUUAGAAUCUGUUACAUCUGUUACAUCAAGCAUUUGCGUUGAUUCCACAUGUGAACAGGAACAUAAGUUACGUGUUUUUAUCUUACUGAUACAAUUGUGUACAUGUUCAUGCGUGUGGUGGCUUUCUUUACAUGUCUUUAUUGUUAUUAGUUUGUCACUAGGGCUAAGUCAGUUCCUUUUAUCUCCAAGGAUUAGACAACAAAUUAUACAGAAAAAAAAAUAAUACAAUUUAGAGCCAAUUGUGUUAAUAGAAGCACUACAGGAAAAUAUUAGUCACAUACUAAGUGGGGUCAACACAUUUUUGCUUCUGUGAAUUAAUGUUACAUUUGUUAAACACAUUUAUAUUUUUCUAUCUCUAAUAUAAAGAUAUCACACUUUGAGACAAAAUAUAUUCUGAGUAUUAUUAUGAAUUUAUCCAGAACACAGCCAAGACAAGGUGUACCUCUAGACUCACAUAUAGUCAUCCUUCAGAACAAGACCUGAAUUCAUGAUGUGCGCUAGGCAACCAUCUUCUCCCUCUUGCCUAUCCAUAUUUGCAAGUUUCCAAGGGAAAAGACUCAGCCUGUCACUUUUAACUUUCAAUGGCAGUACUGAGUUUUUCCCCACAUUUCCUUUCAGAGCAGUUCUUUAGGGGAGCUACAGGAAUUUCAGAGAAAAUAUAAUUUUGCUGUUAGCCCUCUUUUAUAGAAUGUUAACAACUGAACUACAACUCCCAGAAUCCUUUUCUGCACACUAUGCAUAGCUGUAUUAUUGGAGCACAGAGACAAAACCCUGCAGGUUGGAGUGUGGAAACUGAAAAUAUGUGCUUAUUGAGAAAGUCUCUUUUAAAAAGAUUCAUUAAAAAAAGAAACUCACCCAGCACAAAUAACUAUAACUUAAUCUAAGUGUUGCUCAUGCGACUUUUGUACCUGAAGUGACCCUUUUAACUAGACACAAAUACAAAUGAUAAUUCAGAUUCACUCCCUGUCUUGUGAGCUGCUAAGUAUAAAACGUGUCUUUUCUUUCACAGAAUAAGUUCCUUCAGCAUUGAUUUUGACAGCUUGAGUAAGGAUGUCAGGAGGGCAAUCUUCGAUUACAUCAUAAGCUACCUAUCUUACAAUUCUGAAAAGUUUUCAGGUAAGACCGUCUCCAUAAUAUUGAUAUCUAUCACGUAGAAUGCAGGAAACAAGACCAAGUCAUCCGGGAAAGCAGUAUCCCUUAGCCCAAGCCAAGGUCAAUCACUGAUGAUUGGUCUGAAAUUCAAAAAAAAAAUUUUAAAAAUCCUUGCUUCUCACACAGUAAAUUUAAUGUGAAGGAUCAGAUCACGAUAAAGACUGUAGCUUUUAGGGUAGACCUUAAUGCAUGCUGUCUGUGAGCUGAUUAGGCAAUGCUACCAGCUGGGUAUUUCUACAGGAGCAGAAGCAAUUGCAAAAUCACAAGAUAUUUGUAUUCCUGGUCUCGUUGUGGAUACUACACAUGGGUCCUAUCAUGAAACUUCAACCCUCAGUUCCAUCACUGGUCACUCAAGCAACUAUAGAAAUUGCAAUCCAGGUGGUUCACAUCCCUGCAGGAGUUAUUUACCCUGAUAUUUUUCUCAAAUUUAUUUUUUGACUUUGACUUGGAAAGUCCUGCAUCCUAUUUUGUGACACUUUAAAAAAAUUUUUUUUUACCAAAUGGAAGACAUCAGAAGCAACAAAGUAUCUUUAAAUAUACAAAGAAAAUACAAUGUUAUAGAAUUAGUCCCACAUAUAAAAUAAAGCAUUAAUUAUGCUCUUUAAUCGUAAAAUAUAAUUUUUUAAAACUAGUUUAGAGCUGGUUAUAUGCUAUGCAUGCAAGAUUUACAUAAACUGAUGCACACUUAGGUGUUUUGCCCCAACACACAACUUAAAAUCAUAACUAAAAAUAUCAAUAGAAGUGGAGCAGUAUUGUUUAACAUGUAGGACUUAUUCAAAAAAAAGUGAAGUGGUGGUUAGAUGAAAAGGCCAAACCAAAACGUCUAAAUUCAAAUUCCUGAAGUAUUGAAGUAUACUUAUUGGCCAGUAGAUGGCACUACAACUUUUUUAAAAUAAGUCCAAAAUGUCACUAUAAAAUAAAGUCAUCACAAGACUUAAAAUACAAUAACCAACAUUUUGUUGUUUGCUUGUUUUUUGUCAUGGUAUAGUUUGUGUGUUUGAGUGACAGUACAAAACUGUGUUUUGCAGCACUAUUUUCAACACCAACAAUCAAUAAGCUUCUACAUUGUCCCUUUCUCCAACAGGAAACGUCUGUUCCAGCUUAUACAGGAACAGCGAUACUUACAUAUUGUAUAUCUAUUACCGAUUUAGUAUCUAUGCAACAUACUAUCAGCUGAGCUAUUUCUACAUCCGAUUUAAUGUGGUAUGUAUUACAUGUGUUUUAAAUAGACAUUGAGAUAUAAUGGGUUGUAUGUAUGAAUAUCUAUAUUCUUUCUUUUUGAAUUAUGUCCCUAUGACUUUUCUGAUUGUUAUGAUGCAUCUUUAAAAAAAUCAGGGCUUUAAAAUGUUUUAAUAACUUGAGUUUUACUUCUUUUCUAAUGGUUUUUUUAACACUUCUGUUCCGUUGGAGCUGUAAAAAUCUUACUCAGUACUGAGAGCCAAAUAAUAUUUAUUGGUAACCCAAGCAAACUAUGAUUAUGGUUCUUUUUCCAACUUUGGAGGAUAUUUAUUAAAGUGUUGCUAACACUUUAACAUCAAAUUUUUAGGCGUGUAUUUUGUGCUAUUUAUUACAUCUCUCACAGUUUUUGAUCAGUUUCCAUUUUCCCCCCAUUUUCGUCAGUGUCGCAACAUGUUUAUAAAUCUUUCUGACAUUUUUCCUGACAGAAAGGUUUUCUGCUUCACUUUUCUUUUUUCCGCUACUCUAAAUUUUUGAUGGUUGCCUGAAAGCGGUUGAAUUUUACUAUGAAGAAAAUCUUGUUUUGUUACUUUUAGAUGACUUUUAGAACACAUUAAUAUAAUCUAUAUAAAAAAGUAAUGUUAUGAUCUUCCCAGAAUGCCUUGAUAAAUAUCCUUAAUAUCUGUGAAAAUAGUUGCAGUUUGGUGCAGACUCUUGAAUAAUACCCAAGACCUUGUUAGACAUCUAAUUAUGGACCACUUUCUUUCAGUAUGAAGUUCUUCAUCUGCUAUCUGGUCGGCAGUUGGGCAACCUUUUGAUCAACAGUACAGCUAUCCAAAAUCAAUUCAAAGCAGUGGAGAUUCUGGUGGAAGUGCAAAAACGUUCCGCUGUAGAAGUGACUGAAUUUAUCCAAGAAUUUAAUACAGUUGCAAAAGAGGUAUGCAGCCAGAGGGGGUAGAGUCAGUUUUAGAACAGUUUUAGAACAGUGUGGUUAAUAAGCAACAGGAAAGAAAAUAAUGUAAGUUAUACAUAAUUCACGUGAUUCACAUUAACACUUCCUUCUUCUGUUUUUCUAGACAGGAUUAAUCAAUGUGGCAAGCAGUAACAUUCAAGAUCUGAUAUUCCAAUCUGUAUAUCCAAUAUUAACUUCUGAAGUUGACAUAUCUUAUUCAGCAGUCUUUAAAGAUCUUGAAUAUGUAAUAUCGAGCAUCAGUGUGUCGGAUAUACAAAAAAUAUCUUGGAAUGGAGACUGUGAUGAGCAGACCUCAGUGUAAGACCAUUCAAUUAAAUGUGGUACAAUUCUUUUAAGCUCUUGUACUAUUGUAUCACCUUUAUCUUUCUAAUUUGCUUUUGAACAAUAUCAUCCUUAACUGUAGGGUUCAUCCAUUUUCUUCGCAAAGGCGCAAACUAAUAAUUCUAACUAUUUUUUUUUAAUAUAUCAUGUAUAAAAUUGGGAGUAUUUCUUUGUUGGAAAAAUAAAUUAUCAUAGGUUUUUCAAGAUUAUUAUUAUUAUUAUUGGCAAUUAUGUAGCACAUAUAUAUUCUGAAGUGCUUUGCAUGUUUAACGAGGACAUGUAGCAAAAAAAUAAUACAAAGACAAACUUGCAAGUGCUAACCAGAAACAAGAGGCUGUCUUUUAAUGAAUAAGCGUUCUCUGUGUUAAAUCCAGGGUUGGCAGUUUUGGAGAGGCAUUUGACAGGUUGUCAGAAGACAAGAGAAAAGCAUUCUAUGGAAAGAUUUCUGAAAAUCUCGCCGAGGCCAAGAAUACCAGAGGUAUGCUAUUGAAAACAUAACAUGAUACAGUAUAUCAUAGAUCAAUGGUUGAUAGGAAAUUAUUGUUGUUGUCACAAAGUUUUGUUUUUUUAUCCCAAAUGAUGCUAUUUGUUUUUCACUUCACUAUAAUUUACUUUUAAGUGAAUAUCCCAUUAGCAAUUUCUAGAAGGAUAAAACAAAUUGAAAAAUUAUGAAUUGAUUAGUGUUAGAGAUCAACAUUGGAGUUUAAUUGCUGCCGUUACACAAUAUUUAAGAACUGUCAUGUUUUCCUGGACGUAUAUCACUUUUUCAUGUUGAUGAGUGCUUGGAGUAAAUAAAUAAAUGAAUAAAUAUAGUUCUUCGGGGGAACCUGUCUUGAAGAUUCAGCUGAUUUACAUCCUGCAUGGCAUAUGCAUUUAUAAAGACAGCACUUUGAACUUAUCGGACAAUGACAUGUAGAGGUCGUUUAGGUCCUUUAAAUCAUGGUGGAAACUAUAAAAAUAUAAUAUAAUAUGAAAUGUCACAUGGAAUGAAUGAUUAAUUUAAUUACAUUGACUGAAUUGCUAACUGAUUAUAAAUCACUGAGAAUGAUGACCGUAUAAAAGAUAUGCUGAUGAGAUAAGAUAUUAAACGUAUUUUUGUAUCUUUUUUGGAAGGCUCAGCCUGUAGCUCCGGGAAGGACAGCAAACUAUGGAUUCGGGAGUGCUUUUCUUCCUUCAUUGCUUAUGCCGAUCUAGAAGAACUACAGCAGUUGAAUUCUAACUUCUCUGUGGUAAAUACUAUUUUUAUUAAUCAUGUUUCUCACACAUUCGUCUUUACAACUUUUUUUUUGUAAUAUUACAAAAAUAUUUUUUAAUAACAUGUAUUUAUAUAGAGCCAGCAAAUUCUCCAGCACUUGAUAUAAAUUCAAAGUGAAUAAACCGAAUAAAAGAACAUAGUAUAAAGAAAACAAUCAAAACAAUAAAGUGGAGUUUGAGACUCUAAAUAUAGUAUAAAUCUCUAAUCCAAAAGUGCUGAACUCACCAUUUGUAGAGUUAAUUAUACAGCAUAAUGUGGGGGUAUUGAUAUGGUUGCAGAUUUUUAAUGCUGUGGGAUAAAAUGUUAAUACGUCAUGGCAUCUGGUUAAUACAGCAGACUUGGAGAUUGCAAAUGUAGGUUUAGGUCAGGGGUGCCCAAAAGGUAGAACCUCAAAUGUUGUAGAACUACCCCUUCCAUGAUGCUUUUUCAUGCUAGAGCAUUCAAAAGGCAUGCAAAGCAUCAUGGGAGUCGUGAUUUUACAACAUCUGGGGAUCUACCUGUUGGGCACCCCAGGUUUAGGUGAUACUUUGAAUUCAUUCAAACAUUUGUGUUACAAUGUAUUAUAUAGAACAUGUUAUAGUUUAAGGUUGUGUAGAUAUACAGCCAGUGCUCACCACAACUCGUCCUAGAGUACGUUCACAAGUCACGAGUCCCAUCUAACAUCUGGCAAAGAUUUCCAAAGUUUAAUUUAGAGUUGGAUGUAGGACAUGUUAGAGGGCUGGUUUUAGGUGGGGCAUAAGUCAAUGUAUAUGGGAGGAUCCAUAGAAUUUACCCUUGGGUUGAAGCCAACUAGCAAUGCCCCGUGAGGGACAUUUAGAAAAGUGCAAGUGAAAAGUGCUUAAUUUUGUUGUCCUGGGAUUUUCAGCCAUGCUCAUUGCUACCACCGUCUUUAAUUGGGUGGAAUGCUUUCUGUAUGACACAUUGACCCAGUUUUGCUGAGCAAGCAGCAUUACUGUAGCCUGUUUGAGUUCUGUGUUACACAUUAGUUAAUUCUUUCUUUGUUUCAGAUUUCCGCUGUGUCAGAACUGACUGGAACUCAGCUUGCAGAUUAUCUCUAUACAUCAGGGGGCCUGGAAAAUGAGGAGAUCAUCACCCAAGUGUUUGAUAGUUUUGAAAAAACCGAACAAGUGUAUGAGUGUUUAACUCAGCUGAACACUAUUGCCCCGGUAAGAUUACGUACCUAUUUUUCAGUGUUAGGCUUUUUGGAGAAAAUAAUACGUUCCCUCUUUUACAACAUCCCAUCCUUAAAGGGAAACCAUAUUGCCAGGAAAACAAGAUAGUUUUCCCUGUUGUGCAGGAGCUGCUCCUCUGAUGAUGACAGCGAGGGGGGAGACCUAAUGCGCAUUAUACAAUGGUUUCCUGUAGGGUGUCAGGUGAUGCUGGAUAUCAUUGUACAUAGUGUGAGGACGUCCAGCAUCAGUUAGGCGACCAGAAGUCGCCUAAAGACCCGGAAAUCCCACUAGUGGCUCUCUCGUAGACAGCCACUAGAGGUGGAGUUAAACCUGAAAGGUAAUUAUUGCAGUGUAUUAAAAACUGCAAUAAUUAACUUUCCAAGGUUAAGGUUUAAGGGACCUGGGAAUAUGCACCCAGGCGGCUAUAAUGAGUUUAAGUGGCCUGGGUGCCUAUAGUGUACAUUUAAUAGCAUAAGACCAGAGAAGUAUCAAGAUCCCACAGGACCUUGGGCAAGUUACCAGUCUGGGUUCUCCUCUUCAUUCUUCACAGAGGGAUGGUGUAUGGGAACAAGUCAAUUCAUAGUCCUAUCUAACCUCCUGGUCCUAGGCGAAAGCCAGAUGUUCGCUUUAUGGUUAAUCCUGCUCUGCAUGGGAGGUUUAGAUAUAGAACUCUAGGAAGGCUAACGUUUGGCCGUAUUUAGACCAAGACAAUAUAAAGGUACAUUUGCCCUGCCCCCCCCCCCCCACCUCCUCCUCCUGUUAAAAUUGUUGAAAUGUGCUGUGCACUAUUAAAAUCUAAUAUAUUCUUACAAAAAAAACUAAAAAAAAAUAUAAAAAAAUAACUAGUCAGCUAAAAUCCAAUCUCUGUUUUGUCUUGUGAUUGCAAUGAUUUGCAUUGUAUUGCUAUAAUAAUAAACUAUAAAGGGUUCAGUAUAAAUCGUAAUAGAAGCGUGCAUCCUUCGUGAAUAAGGAGACAUAUAUAACGAUGGAAUUAAAUCGUAACAAUGAACUGCUGGUGAAAAGAAUGAAGUUGCUAUGGUGAUUCAUUUGUGGUCUCUCUUUUUUUCAUCCUUCUUUAACUGCCAAAAAUAAACACAGUCAGCACAAUAAACAGGCGUUUAUUUUCAGGCUUUUAAAAUGAAUUAAAAUUAAGCUGAAUUUUACAUUAAAAUGCCAAAAUAGCUGAAUUGAAAAAAUAAGCUAGUCAGUCAUGUUUUCAGUUGGGCUAUUUAAACUGAAAAAAAAUAAAUGCAUUUGCUUUGAAUUCCCAACAGUGGCAUGUUUAUUCACUAAUUCAAAGUAAAUUUAAAAUGAAAGAUAAGAGUAGAUGUAUUGGAAAAGUUCAGUUUGGCUUCUUGGGCGUAAAAUUAGAAAUUUACUUUGAAUUUACUUUGAAUUCUCACUGUAGUGAAAAACCCUGUAAGUGAAUAAAAAAUGUAGAAUAUUCACUUGGCUCGAUAAAAGAUGACUUUGUUGUAUAGUGUUUAGCUUGAACGCUCACGCUACUACAUACCAAGCAGGCCUAUCUUCUAAAUAAAUGUAAACAAUAAUGAUAUGUAUUCAUAAAAUUAACAAAUCAGUAAUGACUAUAUGUAGUCAAUGCAAAACCCAUCAAAGAGGUGCUAAUUACUGUGUCUUUUAGUUAAUCUAUGGUCCAUGGUUCUAUAACGACCCAAUACAUGCUACAUUAAUCUUUUUGCAAAUCAACCCUCAUUAUAAGAGAAUAGUAGAAAUAUAUGAUGAAUUAAAACGACUUUAUUUAAAGUAGCAUACAGAGACUUUUUUUUACAGUCAAUUAAUGUAAAUUAGUGUUAAAGUGGUUUAUGUAAUACAUUAAUAUCUAUAUAUUUUUUUAGGCUGAUCUGAUAACUAGGUCUAAUCAGGAAUUAAUUAUCAAGAAGACAUUGGACGUGAUUUCUGUGGACUUUCCAGGAUUCACUACUAAAAAAUGGACAGAUUGGUUCCAAGGACCUCUAGUAAAAUUCCUGCCGACUAUGGCUGAAAGGGAUUUUGAUAAAUUUAACCUCCCCUUACGCUGUGACAACUACCAGGCAAUGUAAGUAUAGUUACUUUCCAUCACAGUACAAACAGUCUAUAUAUUCUGUUGAUCUUUUUUUUCCCUCAAUGUUAAAUGGACACUAUAGUCACCAGAACAGCUACAGCUUACUGAAUUUGUUCUGGUGAGUAGAAUCAUUACCUUCAGGCUUUUUGCUGUAAACACUGUCUUUUCAGAGAAAAUGCAGUGUUUACAUUACAGCCUAGUGAUAACUUCACUGGCCACUACUCAGAUGGCUGCUAGAGAUGCUUCCUGGGGCAGCACAGUGUGAGUGACAGUCAGUGUCUCCACCCUCUGCAUGCAGACACUGAACUUUCCUCAUUGAUAUGCAUUGAUUCAAUGCAUCUCUAUGACGAGAUGCUGAUUGGCCAGGGCUGUGUUUGGCUUGUGCUGGCUCUGUCCCUGAUGUGCUUCCUUGACAAUCUCAGCCAAUCCUAUGUUUUCCUAUGGGAAAGCAUUGUGAUUGGCUGAAAUCACCAAUGCUGAUGAUAUCAGCCAAGGAGGCAGAUCAUGAGCAGAGUCAGCAACAGCUGAAUGGAAUAAAGUAAGAAAUUACUAUAUUUAGGAGGGGAAGGGAUGGCCUUCAUAGAUGGAGUUUUAACACUAUAGGGUCAGGAAUACAUGUUAGUGUUCCUGACCAUAUAGUGUUCCUUUAACUACUUAAAAUAAAAGGAGUAAAACGUUUCUAGCUCAAAUGUGUUUCCUAUGGCUAAAGAGUACAUUCAAUGACAUACAAUAAGUUUUUUUACUUCUAAAUGCUAAACAGCAAAACUGUCAAAAUCACAGGUUCCGAAUUUUUGAGCUAUACUUAGAGCUCCUCCUACACUACUAAGGAAAUUUUUCUAAAUUUCCAAUUAUGUUGCAAUGUUGUGUAUUGUAUUAUAUUGUAAAUUUGUAUGGUGUACUAUUAGCAAUGUAAUAUAUUAUAUUAUGUUUUCUGUAUACAUCUUUAACUUCCAUGUAAAAAUUUAUAUGAAUCGAAUAUUGACUAUAUUAUAUCUAUAGAAGUAUAAAUUAUUAAUGGAAGUAUUGUUAUUUGUAAAAUGUUUAAAUAAAAACAUAAAUAAAAUUUUAAAAAAAAUUAACACAGGUUCCGAUAGGCUGGUGAGUCCACUCAAUUCAUGAUAUUGGUAUCUGUUACUAAAAAUGCAUGUUGCAAUGCAAUUCCAAGAUGUGCACAUCCACUCUGUAAAUUGAGCAUAUCAUACAUUUACAUCUACAUCCCCUAUACAAGCAUGGCUGCAAGAACAUUCUAAUAAUGAUAUGAGAUGACAGGCAACAAACAAUAUAAAAAAAUUUAAAUUAUUAAAAAAAUAUAUUUUUUUUUCAUUGCUUAGUCAAAUUCGGGACAUGAUCAGUGACUAUUUAUUUACAGGCAAAGUGUGCUGUCUCACUUGUCUAUUUUUUUUGUGUACAUUUUAAAACACAUUAGUAAUAUUUCUGUUUUACUGUGAGAACAUGCAAUUCGAGUACUGAGUGGAGUGAAUGACAAUAAUCCUUGGAAUCAAAUAAAAAUGUAUUGAGUAGCACAUGUUACAGAAAUGGAAUAGCUGCUGCAGAACUUAUAACCCCAAAUGUUCCUAUUUUAGUCAUUAAUAUAGAAACAUAGAAACAUAGAAUGUGACGGCAGAUAAGAACCAUUCGGCCCAUCUAGUCUGCCCAAUUUUCGAAAUACUUGUAAUUAGUCUCUGGCCUUAUCUUAAGUUUAGAAUAGCCCUAUGCCUAUCCCACGCAUGCUUAAACUCACUCACUGUGUUAACAUCUACCGCUUCUGCUUGACGGCUAUUUCAUGCAUCCACUACCCUCUCAGUAAAGUAAUACUUCCUGAUAUUUUUAAACCUUUGACCCUCUAAUUUAAGACUAUGUCCUCUUGUUGUGGUAGUUUUUCUUCUUUUAAAUAUAGUCUCCUCCUUUACUGUGUUGAUUCCCUUAAUGUAUUUAAGUGUUUCUAUCAUAUCCCCCUGUCUCUUUCCUCCAAGCUAUACAUGUUAAGAUCCUUUAACCUUUCCUGGUAAGUUUUAUCCCGCAAUCCAUGAACCAGUUUAGUAGCCCUUCUCUGAACUCUCUCUAAAGUAUCAAUAUCGCACAAAUUAAAUUUAAAACUAAAUAAAUAAAUAAAUAAUUAAAUUAAAUUAAAUUAAGUAUUAAUAUAUGUACGAAUUAAGUUAUGGGUUAUAAGUUUUGAUCAUUACUAUGCAUGCAUCCAUUGGUGUAGAGAAGAUUGUCUUUGGGAUACAAUGUACUUCAUUUCAUUUCACUUGUGUCCUUAGUUUUGUAUUGUUUGUAGUCAGUGACUUUUAUAUGUUUCUAGCUAGAUAGAUUAAUACUUUAAAAAAGCACCUCUGCAGUUUAAUUUUGUAUCCCCUCUGUUAUGCCUUUUUUAUGAUUUUUUUUUGUAUUUUUGUUGUGUUUUUUUUUUCUGAAAUAAAUGUAUAACCAUUUGACAUGUCACUUGCUGUUACAGAUUGAAAGGUUUUAAUAAUGCCUUUGACCGCAUGACACCUAGCAAGCAAAAAGUGGUUUAUGAUAACUUUGUCAAAAUACAACUUAACUCCACUAAAACCACUACAGGUGUGUUAAAUACAUUAUUAGAUGUUAUAAGAAAUGUUAUUUACCACUUAUUAAAGAGUUUUGAAAUGGGGGGAGGGUAUGUCUAUUAAUAAAACAAAAAAAAAAUAUAUAUAUAUAUAUUAAAGACAGACAUACAUAAAGCUAUAAACAACAGCAUAGUUCUAGGCAGAAAUUACAGAAACCAUGAACAAAUAUAACCCUGAGAAAGAGAUGUAAGAAUAUAAGGUUAUAUAACAUGUCUUAAAUUAAAAUGUGCACGUUUUGGGGACCCAAUUUUUGAUCCAAGAAGUCCAUUGUUUGACAUUCUUAGAGUUCCAAUUUUCUAUUCUUGCACAUUGCCAUUUUAUUUAUUCAUAUACAAUAUCACUUCUCAGUAAAUUAGAAGAUCUCCAGUUCCUGGCUAUGAACAGUUUAGCUGCAGUGAAUAUAUGAAGGAUUAUAUUGGAAGAAUGUUUCAAUGCAUUUGUUUAAGAUUAAGGGGCAGUCAUACUAGUUCUGGCAUUCUUGCAAGUUUUAUGUCACACAUAUUCUCUAUGAUAUCGAAUACUUUAUUCCAAAGUAUUUGAUUUCACAGAAAAUAUGUGCGACAUAAAACUGUGAAACACAUGUUUAUUAAUUUGGCUUAGUAUGACCCAAUUUCAAUAACACAGACCAUGGGAAGUACAGCCAUAACUCUCGCCCCCUAAUCUUACAAAGUUUUAACCCUACCUCCAACGACAAAAGAUAACUCAGUGCUUCAUUUAUACUGAAAUAUACCACCCUUCCAUCUUCAGGUGUUGUCUGUGGCGAUUCAACACAGAGAACUCAAGAGUGGAUUGAUACCAACUGUGGCUCCUUUUUCCAGUAUGCUGAGUACAUUAAUAUUGUGCAGUGGAACGAAAAAUUCACCGUGGUGAGUGUUGUUAAUUGUUUGCAGUUCUCAGAACAUUCCAAACAUCAUAAAUCACACUGAGCCAGUGAAAUCACUAAAUGAAUAUAAACUUGGGUUACUUUUUUCUCACUCCUAGACGGAAGUCAUCUCUUCUCUAAGUGUCGAACAACUGGCCGAGGUGACUCUUCAAAGCAGCAACAUUAACAACGAAGAGCUAGCCUGCCAAGUUUCUGGUCGCCUUCAACAGUCAACUGUUACUGAAGUUUAUUCUUUUCUGACUCAGUACAAUACUGUCUUCCAACAGGUACGUGGCCUCCUUAGGAUACUUAGUGAAUAUUCCUUUUAAGUAGCUUAAUUAUUAUUCUUAUUAUUUUUAACUAAUGUGCACUCUUUUGUGUCAAGAUAAAUUCAUGUUUGAGAUGUGUCACGUUUAAAUUAUGUUUUGCAGCUCGGUCUUUUGGAGUUGUCGAAUGACGCUAUACGAUACAAGUAUCUCAGUACAGUCAUUGCCAUUGUAGAACCUAGUUUGUCCUCUUAUACUGUCAGCGAAUGGACAGUACUUUUCAGCCAGAUCAACAUUUUCAUGAGCAGCAUCGAUCACGAAUUAUCGGCCACCCUACUUGGCGCUGCCACAUGUGAUAGCUACCCAAUCAUGUAAGUGUGGGAACAUUUGUGCACAUUAACGGAGAUAAGGAGAUAAGGAGUUUUGUCCUGCCUAGGGCAGCACAAAACCAGGAUACACCACUGGCUGUCUGUAGCAACUAUCAGAGCAGCUAGAUAUAUCUUGUAGGUGGCAAACAGAUGGGAAAGAAAGGGGGAUAUCACCUAAAUGUCUAGAAUUAAUCGAAAUCUAGACCAGUAGAUAAAUGCCUUUCUAACUGCAAUUUAUCUAGUAAGCAAAAGCGAAUAUAUAAUGACAGUGCAUAACGAAUAGUUCAAAGGUUGAGGUAAGUCAAGUGCAGUUUUAUACAAGGUACCUUUUUGGAUAUUAGCAGGUCAGUGAAGCUGAAUAUAAAGUAUGGUUGUGGAAUAGAUAUAAAAUAUAGGAACCCAAAGUCUAUGCUUAAAGGGUAUUUAAAUGUCUACUGAAUAUAUGUCUAACAGUGGAGACAUCUGAUAUCUGAAGGUAACGUAAAACCCUAAAUCUUUGCCUUUAAGUGCACCUAACCUGCUGCUGACCGAAUAAGACGGAUAGCUAAGCCUUAAUUACUACUAUCUAUGCACUUUCCCAGCCAACCCCGAAGAUCGGUCCUGCAGAGUGGGGGAAUAAAGCAAAAAUAAAUUUAGUUGUGAAUAUCUAUAUGCAAAGGUUGAGGUUUAGUAGCAGGAUAAGGAGUGCGGCUGAGCCCCAACGCGCUUUUCGCCGGUAAGUGACUCUUCAAAGGGGCUGUUUCAAUCUGUUUGCGACCUACAAGAUUUAUCUAGCUGCACUGAUAGCUGCUACAGACAGCUACUUGCCUCUAUUCAGUUACACUUCCUACACUGGGACUCGAUUACAUUGUUACUAUUUUUUGCUACUAUCCAACUCUUGUAGAGCAAUUUAGCAGGAUAUUUAGAAUAUAUAUCUAGACUUUAUCCUUAGUGACUUUCGUCUCCAUUCUUCACUAGAGAUGUCGCGAACUGUCCGCCGGCGAACAAUAGCGUGUUCGCAUUGGGUGAACAUAUCCGAUUUCCGGUCCGCCCCCUAUACGUCAUCAUUGAGUAAACUUUGACCCGGAACCUCACAGUCAGCAGACAGAUUCCUGGGAGGGAGGGUCUGCUGCUGAUUGGGUGGAAUGUGUCUGCUGGCUGUGAGGUUCCGGGUCAAAGUUUACUCAAUGAUGACGUAUAGGGGGCGGACCGGAAAUCGGAUAUGUUUGCCCAACGCGAACACGCUAUUGUUCGCCGGCGGACAGUUCGUGGACAGUUCGCGAACAGUUCGGCGGACAUUUCGCGACAUCUCUAUUCUUCACUAUUUAGAAUUUUUCUAGUAUAUAUAGUAUCCAUAUAGCAAUUUAGUUUUUUUACUAAUUCCACCCUUUUGUUCUCCCAUGUUUAGAGGUUUUUUACCUUUUUAAUUAUACUUAUUAAAUGUUAUAUUUUAUACGUGUUUUUUUCACUAUAUCAGUGAUUCUAUUAGGACAGAUUACGUUCUUUUGUUGUCUUAUCUAAAUUCCCCACAAGGGUUACUUCCUAAUAUCUGUCCUAGAUAUUUCUCGCAUAUAUACCUAUAGCUUCCUACCUGUUAUUUUUUGUAUUUUUUCAAACAUAUUAUUUUUUUUUAUUUUUUUUAUGAUAACCCUGGAUUUUAACUUGUGGUAGUAUAAAAAAAAUGUUUCAGAAGUUUUACAAAUUAGUUAUCCCUAGUAUAUUCCAUGAAAUUAAGUAAAAUCAAGGAUAAUUAUCACUAAAUCCUCUUCAUUAAAAAUUGCCUCUUUUCUUAAGCUGCUUGUAAUUUUAGCAUUUGGUCAGUGACUUCUGUUUUGUUUAAACAUGCAGGACCAUAUCAGGCCACUGGGGGACAGCAAAGAUUUAAUGCUGAAUACAAUAACUCCGUGCCUACUGUGGUAUUGUUUUAAGCUUGUUCCAUAGAUUCCAUUUUAAGCUUGUUCCAUAGAUUCCGUGCCUACUGUGGUAUUGUUUUAAGCUUGUUCCAUAGAUUCCAUUUUACAGAACCUUAGUGAAUUACAGUUAAUGUGCACUCCAAGCAUUGUGUAAAAAAACCAAAAAAAACCUCACUGCCUCUAAAGUGAAAAACAUUCUGUAUAUAAAAAAAAAUGUUUGCACCACUUGCCAGACGUGUAUUAAUAUUAUGUUUUUGCGUUUUUCUUUUUUAUAAAGCGUCAAAAAUCUCGAUGGAGUGUUUGAAAGUUUGUCAGUUGACACCCAAAAGAGUUUAUUUGACCUUCUGUAUGGGUUCCUCCUUCAUCAAUACCAAACCACAGGUAAGGAAAGAAACAUUAUUUAUAACUUCUGAUCUCACUGUGUGUUAGUCCACCACGUGUCCCAAUUACAUACUUCCAAAUUUUAUGUAUGUACACUAUCCAUUAAAAAAACGUUGUUCCCUAAAUUACAGUUCAGCAGUGGGGUUCCUGAGAUUGAUGGGCUUCAGUUGUAGAUCGCUGCUACCAUGAUUAAUUAUGUCCCUCUCCCUUUAUCCCUUUAUUAACAUACUGGGCAGGGUAACAAAGUGAGCCACAGCUUGUCAAUAUGUGUGUCUAUGUAUGGGUGUGGGGCUCUGGACAAACAAAAUUUACAUGUGCUUCUUACCCACCCACACUGUCGUUCACACAAACACAUGCAUGUAAUUAGUACAUACUGGCACAUAAAUAGCAAUUCACACAACUUGUCACAUGCUGCAAACUAACUAGCAACAAACUCACACACACAUAGACAAAUGUGACAAGACAGGGGGGAUAUGAUAGAAACAUUUAAAUAUAUAAAGGGAAUCAACACAGUAAAGGAGGAGACUAUAUUUAAAAGAAGAAAAACUACCACAACAAGAGGACAUAGUCUUAAAUUAGAGGGACAAAGGUUUAAAAAUAAUAUCAGGAAGUAUUACUUUACUGAGAGGGUAGUGGAUGCAUGGAAUAGCCUUCCAGCUGAAGUGGUAAAGGUUAACACAGUAAAGGAGUUUAAGCAUGCGUGGGAUAUGCAUAAGGCUAUCCUAACUAUAAGAUAAGGCCAGGGACUAAUGAAAGUAUUUAGAAAACUGGGCAGACUAGAUGGGGCGAAUGGUUCUUAUCUGCUGUCACAUUCUAUGUUUCUAUGUUUCUAUGUUUCAAAUACAAGUAUGCAUGUAUGCACAGACACAUAAUAUAUAUAUUCAUACAUAGAUAUACACUAACUAGUUAUCAUAGACACAAACUAACACGCAAUCAUAAGUACAUUAAGAUACAUGCCUAGCCACAUGAUCUUGGUUCCAGACUUGCCCUGCUGAAAUGGGCCACUUAGAUGUGUGCUUGGGUGGAAGGGUGGGUUUUGUUACAAAAUAGCUAGUAUAAAAGGGGGCAGAAAGUCCUUGGUACCCCAGCUGCUGUGGAUUAUAACGUCAAUAAAAACAUGUUUAGACAAAGAAAUGUUGGGGAAAAAAGGCAUUAUUGUGAAGCAAAGCAUGGCAUUUUUGGCUCAGGAGACAUCUGAUCCAAUUGACCAACUUUAUCUUUUUUUCUUGUGUAAUUUGUAAAGGGUCUGCUUGUCCUGUCCCUGACGAAUCCAGCAGUCAGUGGAUAGAGAGAUUAUUGAAAAGAUUCUUUAAAUAUUCUAAAUAUACCGCCAUUACGGGUAUUGACAGCAACUUCAAUGGGGUAAGUUUGCAAACAACUCAUACAAGCAACUUUUCUUUUUGCAUAAAAACACAAUUUCCAUCCGUUUGGUAUAUAAAAGGUGUAUGUUAAAUUAGAUAACUAUAUGCAUGUCAUUACUGUUUUCCAGUCAACAAUAUUCUCCCAAUAAUGGCAACUUGCUCUCUGCUUUAAAUAGUAAUUAUACUCCCCUGGUGAAACCAUAAUUCCUCAUUAAUCAUCCAAAUGAAUCUACUGAUCAUAACAUUUACUGACAAAUUCAAAAUGAAUUUGUCUGCCUGCCUGUCUGUCUGUCUAUCUAUCUAUCUAUCUAUCUAUCUAUCUAUCUAUCUAUCUAUCUAUCUAUCUAUCUAUCUAUCUAUCUAUCUAUCUAUCUAUAUAUCUAUCUCUCUCUCUCUAUCUAUCUAUCUAUCUAUAUAUCUAUCUCUCUCUCUCUAUCUAUCUAUCUAUCUAUCUAUAUCUAUAUCUAUCUAUCUAUCUAUCUAUUUUUAAUUAAAAUUUGUUUCCUCAAGAAGAUUCCAUGCCUAUAGAGCAUUCUGUUUUUUUUUUUAUAAACCAACUAACCAUUGAUUAAUAGAUACUAUUGUGUUUUGUAAAGUGUAUAGAUUGGCAGUCAUCAUACUGGUAUAUAGGUUUAUUUUUAUUUAUUUUUAAAAACAAUUUUUGACAGUAAGAGAGAGUCACUCCCAGAACUUUUAUUUAUUUAAAAUAUUCCCUCAAAUAAACAUAAAUGUUUAGUUAAAAUUAGAAGUGGAGGGUUGGUGAGGAUCUAAACUAAUAUCAAUCUAUUCUUAUGAUGACCUCAUAAAAUAUUGACACAGUUCCUAUUAAUUCAUCUAUUGGAGAUACAUCUAGACCCCUUAAAAGUCAAUGUGAUGAUGGUAGGUCUCCUAUGUACUGUGAAAUACCCUUUAUUCAUAUAGAUUGAAAACCAUCUGAAUGAACUUCUGAAACUGUAAAACUUUAUUAACUAAUUUAAAAUGUAGAUAUUGUUAGUAGGACACUGGUAGAAAAUAUCUUAACAUUAUACUUAUUUUGUGCUUGCAGCUACAAGUUAUCAAUUUACUAACUCCACAUCAACUGGCUGACUUUGCCUUUACCGGGAAUGUUCUUACCAACACGGAGAGCGCCAGCGCCCUCGCUACCACCUUGGGGAACUAUGGUUUUACCCAGAUCAACGAUUUCCUGGACAGCUUUAACGCUGCAGCAGACGCGGUAAAAUUGGUUUUAGUAUGGACUCCUUGUUUUAGUGCCACUGAUAUUGUAUUAUUUUACUGUAAUCCUAAUCAAGAAAAGUUUGUACAUUGUACAUAGUGUAUUUGUACUGUACAUAGUGUGACUGGUCAGGAAUCAAACUGAAUUCAAAAAGUAAUUUUACAUUUUAAACCAAAUUAGUAGAACUGAAAACAUACCUGAGUUGAAUUUUGUUUUCCCUAACAUUUGAAAUGCACUUUGAACUUCUGACAAUUCACCCUUUAGUGAAUAACCAUGCGAGCCGACACAAUAUGAAGAAUAAAUAACAAACAUGCACAUUUUUCCUUACAGACAGGUACUGUUGUCUUGCCAAACAGGGAGACUUCCAGUUCUCUACUGAAUGUAAUUUAUGGGAAAGCCUCAGCUCAGUUCAACGGCUUUACAAGUGAUAACUGGAUCAACUUUUGGUCGCAUAAAUUACGUCUGUUCAUAUCAGGCCUAACUGGAGAUCAGAUUAACCUCAUCCCAUUCAAUAUUGAUUGUAGGGCAUACCAAGGCAUGUAAGUACAAAUGAGCUUCACCUUCCAAUGAAUACAUAAAGGCUUUAUAAUUGUUGCUUCUGUUAGAAUCCUCUGAAGCAGUGGUUUCCAAGUUCUCGAGGCACACCAAAAGGCUAGGGAAAGUGACAAAACCCAGACCAUUGGUGCCCUGAGGACUGGGUCGGAAAACCUCUACUCUACGGAACGAUAAUGUGUCUUCUUUGACACAUUGAAGAUGUUUUCUAUAGUGGUCACUCUUUAUGACACAGCCAAAAAGUUUGCUUUCACAUGAAAGUACCCUAAAGUAUAUAGAGCUGAAUAUGUUCUUGUGAGCCAUUAAUAUUUCUCUUGAAACAGAAUAUAAUAUUUAGAAUAUAAUAAUUGCAACUGUAUGGUGCUUAUCAACUAUGAUUCUAAAAACUGAGCUCUGAACAGAUACAGUAGUCAUUUAAUAUGACAAUUUCAAACUGGCGAGUUUUAAAGCAUUAGAACAGUGUCAUUAAAUCACAAUUGGAAAGGGAAUUGUUUAUAAGGAUGCCACUAUAAUGGGGUGAAAGAUAGGGGACAUAGGAUUUUGCAAACGUUACUUUUUAGGCUUAGGAUGGGGGUGUUUAGGGGAGACUUGCAAUUACACAGAAUUAAGCUUGGAGACCAGCAGUGUACCCAGCAUUGCAACAUGCCUGUCAUUAAAAUUGGACUUCUAAUUAUCCACGAGUUGUUUCAGUAGGGCAACAUUAAAGUGUCGAUCUUUGAAGAGUUGAUAUUUGUAAAGUGAAUUGUCCACUGCACUACCUGCACAGUGAAGUUAACAAGUUAAUAUCUUUUCCUGUACAGAAUUUCAACACUGAGUAACAAUUAUGAUCAACUGUCAAAUGAGACCAAGCAAGCUGGAUUCACUUUUGCAAAGACCUAUCUCUUGGGGCGGAAGCAACAAACUGGUAAGUGAAAGAUAACGGCACUUUCCUAUAGUCGGUGUCUCCUUGGCUUUUGAUACAGUACAGUAUAUUUGCACGUCAUGCUUGAAAUAGGUCAUAGGUUGUCAAGGCUUAUUGGCUUCAAAGAUAAUUGGUAAUCAACAGCCACAGGGCCUACCAAAGCUUCCGUCACAUCCGAUUGAAUCUUGAUAUUUUUUUCUUCUCUUUCUGUUAUUUCAGGAUCAGUAUGUAUUCCACAAACACCAGGUAGCUCUGCAUUGCUCAAAUACAACCUGGGGUCCUUCCAAAAUAUGGUCAGCUAUCAAGAGAUAUCAAAUCUCUUUCAAGAUUUUAGCUUUGUAAGUAUGCAAUCACAAUAAGUUUUGCUAAUGGAUUGUCAUUAACAUUGGUUGGUGUUUAUACAUAAACAAAACCCAUUAGCAUACCACUAUGGAUUUUUGUUGCAGAUUUUUUUAAAAAUAAAAUGUACUGUGUUAUACCAUAAGAGGUCGGAGUUGAGUGAACUUGUUGAAAUUUCCACCAGAGGUCUAGGGCAAUAUUUCAUCAUACGAACAUAAUGCUUUACAAUCAUCAACAUAACCUAACUUUUUUCCCUAGACUGACGCAGCGCCACUCCUCGAUGAGGAGCAAUUGGCUUACUAUAGCGUAAAAAGUGGUGCUCUGAGAGACACAGAUAAGAUCACAAGUAUCAUGGCCAGUGUGAGCAACUUGGAUGUUGGUUUGUUUCUGGAUUACUUCAACCUUGCUGCAGGAGAGGUAAAAUAAGUUGCAAAAUGUUUUUUUAUAGGAACCUUGCAUCCUAAUUUUAAAUUCUUCUUCUUUGGCUUAUGUUCUUUCCAAAACUUUUGGACCCUUAAAUAGGAAUAUCUCACAUUGAACUAGCACAUGGAUGGAUGGACGGAUGGAUAGAUAGAUAGAUAGAUAGAUAGAUAGAUAGAUCGCUUUAACACAAAAUAAAAUAACAUACCUUGAAUAUACAGAAAUACAACAAUAUAACAUAUAAAAAAAAUAUACAAAAGGAAAUUUCCAAAAAAAAAAAAAGAGACACACGAGAGAAUGUAAAGAAAAAGAGAGAUAGCAGAGAAAGUGAAAGACAUACAUGACAGACGGAGGUAAAGACACAGAAAGGUCAGGUAAGCUAAGUCAUUAGUAAGUCUGGAAGGUUAUUGGUUGCCUACAGUUGGAAAAGCAUCAUGGGUGAUCUACCUUUUGCCAACUGCUGCUUUAAAACAUAGGCUUUGUUACAUUUUUUCAGAAAGACCCUGUUAGACUAUGUAUCAUCUAGUACUAUGUACACCAGUUGCAACACUUAUGUGAUGACUCAUAUUUCAGGCUGGACUUACGCAACUGCCCAACUCCCAAGUCAGGGACAUCAUUCUUGGAGAAGUAUUCUGCAAGCUUGGACUAAAAUUCCCAUUGUUCUCAGCGUCUGACUUCACCAACCUGUUCAGUGAUAGGCUCAAGUUUUUCACUAGUGGACUUAGUUCAAAGACCCUCGGCUUCAUAAACACAGACAUAUCCUGUGACUCACUCGCUGCCAUGUAAGAAAAUCAACCAUGUUUUUUGUAACUGCAUACACUGGCUUUAGACAUACUGUAUAUUAGAAUGGGAUACUCUCCAUCACAUGCAAAUGACUCUUACUGUUGUAUCGGGUUUCACAUCCAUGGAUCUUAGUUGCAAUCGCAGUCAUAGUCGGAGUGUUAUAGAAAUUUGGGACACAGAAGUACAUCCUUGAUCAGAUGAUUAUCCUCAGCCUUUGAUGUACUUUUGGGCACUGCUAGAGAUUGCUGGAGAUUUGGAGGCCAGUCAAUAUUAUGUGGGUGGUGGCUUAUAUGUAUUACCGUAGAUGCCAGGAACAUUUUGGGUAGUCUGGAGGCCCAUUUUAGUAAUAGUUGAUCCUAUGAAAAGCUAGCAGGUAACAUUUAGUUAAUGAACUAUAUAUAAUGAGAAGAACUCAUUUUAUAUCAUGAGAAGAACUUGGUAGAAAGGACUCCUAGACUACUUCUCCUCUCUAACAGAACAUAGGUUGUUGUUUUUUCACAAAACUCUAAAAGUUAAAAAAAUCAAUGUCCCUUCUGGAUAAGUCUGUUCAUUCCAUAAUUCAGAGACACUUCCUCCAGCUUCUUGUUGGGAAAUGAACAUUUUUAUACUAAAAUAAUGUCGCCUCUACAGCGUCCAGUCUCUAAACGAUGUCGUGAAUCUGGAGCAUUCUCAAGACAUUUACAAUUUCCAGAAUUCAAGUCUGAAGUUACAGUUACAAAACACCGGUAAGUGCAAGAGGUUUUGGGACACAUGUUAAUUAAAUCAUAAAACACAGGGUCUAGGAAUCUAACUACAACCAAAUUGCUUACAUUCUAUAGAAUAUACAGAUACAGUUUAAUGACAUUGGGGACAUCAUUAAGAUGCAAGGUAGGGAGAACCUGGUUUCUGGUAGUUUUCCAAGUCAUCUAGAAAAAUACAUUUUUCAAAAACAUUAAUGGAAUUUAUGUAGAGCAUGAGAUGGAAAUAGAGAGGAUAGAAGCAAAAGACUCCAGAACUGGCUUGAACCUAGGGAAGCAUAUGCAACCCUAACAUGGUUUAUUUAGUGAAUAACUCUGUAAGUUACACAUUUUGUUUAGCCUUGUGUGCCUUCCCUUAAGUGUGGAUAGAGUCCUUUUUUGCACAGAGUAUCAUUUUUAAAAUGCCAAUUAGAGCACGUGGGAUUGCUUCUCAAAGAGCUCAUGGUGACGUUUAAUAUUAUUCAUGUGACUGCUUGUUCAACAGAAAUAAUUGGUUUUGGUGACACAAGAAACGAUUGGCUUACAAUACUUCUCAAACAUGUUUCUUUGUUUCUUAUCCCAUUUCCAGAACUGGAUAACAACAUUAAUCCAUUCAUAUAGCCAUACACUCCUUGCUUUUUAUGAAUAUAUAUAUUGCUCUUUAAUAACACAUAUUGGAGAACCAUGAAUAAAAGCAUGGGUGUGUACCCCUUUUGAAGUUUUUUAAAUUAUUAUUAUAAUGAACCAUUUAUCAAAUAUACCCCAAAGCUAUCAACAGAACCCAUUGGACGCUAAAAUCAUAGUAGGCUUUCCUAAAUCAUUUAUUAUGUCUGUGGGACUGAUAAAAAAAAGCCAAUUAACCUAUACGGCGUGUAGUUGUACACAUCAUUCCUUCUCAACAUUUUUAUAAGCAACCCAGCAGUGAAACGGUCAAUAAAUGCAUAUUUUUCUCAACCCUGCUAUCCUUUCCUUUCUAACCCAACUACAGUGUUCUGUUAUUUUCUAUAGAGAUCUUUUCUAACUGUUUCAGUGUUGAGAUGAUCAUAAAACAGGGGCUUCGAGGUACCAUAGUCCAUACCUCCAGCUGUAUAGAUAUAGCCAUCCAAUAAUGAAUGAAUUACCCAUAGAUUGAAUCUAAUUUGCCAUUUUUCAUUUUUUUCCCUCUAGGAUCUGCCUGCAGUAGAGGACUAAAUGCAAGGGAAUGGAUUCAGAAAUACUUUGGAAAAUUAAUUGUUUCUGCAGAGUGGAGUACCAUCACAACAUAUUACCCCGGCAUUCAAGCAGUAAGUCAUUUGUAAAACAUCCACAUAUACAGCCAAACGUCGGUGGGUUUGAUAUGCACCACAUAUUGAUAGAGUCAUCAUUUAAUUGUAAAAAUGACUACAGUUAUUCAGUAUCAAAAAUAAUGUAAUUUUGUAUCAUUGAUAUGAGAAAGGAAAUGUGCAACAUUUACAUUUUCUUUUUUCUCUUUCUUUCUUUUCAGAGCGAAGUGUCAGAUUUACUGACUAACAUCCAGCUGGCUAGCGCUUCCACCUCCUCUACCAUCAUUACAAACGUUACCUCCAUCAGCAUCAUAUUUAGCAGUGCUUCAAGUGAUCUCUCAUCCCUUUUCGGCUUCAUUUCAUCAUUAAGAAGCCAAUUGUUACAGGUUAGAGAAAAUGUAGCGAUGCCUGAAGUAUAAAACUGCUGUAUUGCUAACGUAUAUUGUAACAAAUAUAGUGGAUGAUCAAUGUUUUCAAAUAAUGGACUAUAGGCUUUUAAGAAAAGAAUUCCAACAUAGGCCUAGAUUUUAUAUUUUUCCAUAUGUUUUACAAAUGAUUUAAUAUUUUUGCAUAAAUUAAAUUAUUAUUUAGGCACCCAGACCACUUCAGCUCAAUUAAGUGGUCUGAGUGCAGGGUCCCAGGUCCCUUAACCCUGCAAAAGUAAUUAUUGCAGUUUUUGAUAAACUGCAAUAAUUACCUUUCAGGUUUAACUCCACCUCUAAUGGCUGCUGACCUAACUGACGCUGGAUGUCCUCACGCUAUGCAUGGGGACAUCCAGCGUCACCCGAAACUCCAUAUGAAAGCAUUGUCCUAUAGGGAAAUCCUAAUGCAAGCGUGGCCAUUGUCGCGCAUGCACAUUAUGUCUCCCCCGCCGGCUGACUGCAGCAGGAGGGGAGCAAAAAGCAGACUUGAGCCACUACCAAGCUGCCUAACCCAGGUAAGUGACAGAAGGGGUUUCUAAAAAGGGGUGGGGGGCUCGCGAGGGAUGGAGGGGAAAGCUAUAGUGCAGAAAACAAGUUUGUUUUCCUGGCACUAUACUUUCCCUUCAAUGUUCUUCUUUUAAAAUGUAUACACAAGACAUCACAAGUCAGUCCAGAUGCAGCUAGGGCACACAGUGCAAAUGAGAAGUAAAACUCUGAAACAUUGUUGCAGUUUCUCUUCUUGGGGUAACUACAUUCAAUUGCAGAAAAGGGGCAAAAUUUGAUUAGCGAGGAGUCAAUAUGGAGAUGCCCAGUUCCAGUACAAUGCUGAACAGACCAAUGGGAGUUUUAUUUUUUAGACCUCGCACAAUUAUAUUUGCGAAACAUAUGGAAUAAGUAAACAUAAUAUUAAAACAUUUGGGAAAACGACAGUGUUCCUUUAAUAACUAACAUUGUACAUUUCUAAUUUAUUGCUCACAAUGAGCAGCUCAUUCAAACAUUUGUUGACCAGGACAAUGUUUCAGCAGAAGAAAAAUAAAAAAAAUAAAAAAUAUUUAAUGUAUAAAAAUCCAUGUAAUGAUACAUUAUCGUCAUUAUGUCAUCUCUGCAUGUUUAAAACCUCUCCACAUUCACCUCUAGUCUUUCAAAUCUUUAAACAUAAUUUUUCGGCAUAAUGUUUCAAAUCCUUCAAUCGAAUAUUUCUAUUUUAUGUUUUUAGGAUCCAACCUUGACGCUGACUGCCAAAGUUAGAGAUAGCCUCCUGUCUUCCACAGCAGAAGCUUUGUUUCCAGUGGCAGGAACAUUGCCUUUAAAAGACUGGCAGGACUGGUUAUCUAAUCUGAACUUUUUGUUACUGUCAGUAAACUCCACAAUACUGCAAAAUUUCAAAAAUGAUCUCCCUUGCUCUCACUUCCAGUCUCUGUAAGUACCAAAGCACAAGAGGAAAUAGGUUUAUAUUUAACAAUUAUUUAUUAGAUAGCAAGGUAAAGGCAGAGAAGAACCUAACAUUAAUAGGAAUUCAAACUGUAUAACUAAGUUACCCAUUGUUCAAUGAUAUGGUAUAUGACAAAAUCAGUUUUACAAAACACUUUCUUUAGACAUUUUGGGGAAGAUAGUUCUGGUGUUUUUUUAGACAGCCACUAGAGGCGCUUUUUGGCACAAACAGAGUAACACUCAGUCACAUGAUGAGGAUACCCCAUGGGAAAGCAUUGAGUCAAUUCUUUCCUAUCAGUAAUUUUGGAUGCAUCUGUGGCGUUUGCCAUGACCCUCUCAGCACUGGAAUAAGCUAAGUAAAUCUUUCCUUUUUUUCCUUUUUUUUGCUCCGGGGUACCUAUUUAGAGCUAGAGAGAGGGACACUAUAGUGUUAGGAAUAAUUAUUUAUUUUCCUAACGCUGUAUUGCUCCUGUAAGAAAACUAAAUUGACAGAAUAUCUAAUAACAACCAAGUAUAAAAUGGGUAUUUUUUUUGUCUUUUGUUUUUUCUGAUCUGCGUAGAAAGAUUUCUUAAACUGUGCAAAUAUGUAGACCAUUCUCGGGUGAGAUUUAACAUUGGUAAAUGCAAGGUUAUGCAGUUAAGAAGAUGGAGAAAGUUAUUUCCUAAUUUCUUUUUGUGGAAUCCAAACAGUAAAUUUGUCUUAAUUUAUCUUUCUCACGCUAGUCUAUAAUUAGUUACUGUAAAAGUAUGAGGGUUCUGCAUUUUCUAUCUGACCCUGCUACUAGGCAGCUGAAUUUCAAAAUGACUUAAUUAGUAUAUACAAAAGAUAUGUUAAAGCAUUGCUGAUUCUGUUUGUUUCAUACUUCUAAAUCUUUACAAUAAAUAUUUUUUUCCCAAGAAUACAUACAAUAUAUACAUACACAUACGGAUAGACAUACAAAUGGUCUUAUCGAAUAAAUAAUUGUUUUAAAUUGGAAACCAAAUUUCAGGACAAAAGCCAAGUUGCAGUAACAGCUUUCCAUUUGCCUUUUUUAUAUGUAGCAGUGCAAUAUUUAACUUAUUUUGAUUCCUUGUUUAGUGAAUAUACCCCAGAAAGACGAAUAGGCAAGAUAGAUAGUUGGGCUUUGAAUUUAUCAGGCCAAAUCUGCCAAAGCUGAGUUGGGAUGUAUUUUUCAGCUCUGCUAUUUUUAUUUCUUGAAGGGACAAUCCAGACCCCUAAAACACUUUAGCUUGCUGAAGGGUUUUAUGUGUGAAGAAUGUAUCAUCUUUUUUUUCAUUUUGCAAAAAGUGCAGAUUUAAAUACAUGUGGACACUUUUAUAAAUUAACCUUGUUACAACCUACUCUGCCUGUCAAUCAGCUAACUGUUCCUGUUACGUCCUGGUUUGUUUAGCUCAGUGGAGCUAAACUCAAGAGGCAGCAAUUGCCCAGAGCACCUGCCUUGCAAAGACUUCUCAUUGAGCUGCAUUGGGAAGUCUGCGAUUGGACAGCCUGAGAAAGUCUGGGUAGGGUUAAAGGGGGAGGGAGGGCUUGCAAAGGCCGCAGACAAGAGAUCUGAAGCUUCUGCAAGCUUUUUUUUUACAUAGACCUCAAAGUAAAAAUGCAUAAUUAAAUGUAUACUUAUUUUAAUUGGGGGUCUACUAAACAGAUUUAUUUACUUUUGAUUUGGGCAGUGGAGUGUCCUGCAAUUCGGUUGCCAAUGCACUCUUUGUGAAUAAAGCAUAGGAAUUAUUACAUUGAUUUAUUUUUUCCUUUCAGGAUCAAAACUCUGGACUCAAUGUACAACACUCUUUCACUGAAAAGAAAAGUUGACAUCUUUAAUUAUGAAGUGUCUUAUUUGACUUUUCAAACACAAAAUAAUGGUAAGUAGAAUUCACAGGGUAUGCAUCUAAAAAAUCAAACCCUGCUUGUAUUGACGGUAAUGCAGGAACCUCUAGAAACCAUUAACUGAAUACUUACAGUUCGAGCACCAUGGGAAUUGAAUCUGAAUGCCAAGGAUGGAAAUGACUGCAGCGUUUUAGGUUGCUCUUUCAAUCCAAUAAAAAUGCCACCCAACUCUUCUGGUUGUGGGCCUGUGUCCCACCAACCCACAUAGUCUGAUGUGCAUUGUGAGUGGGCUUCCUCUUGGCUUUCUAAUCAAACAAAGCUCUGACAGCACUUUGUGUAUGGUAUACCCUGAUGAGGGAUGGGUAGCAUGACAGUUAGCCAGACUGGCAUUUAUGAAUAUUUGGGCAGGAUCUACCUUCCACUGUGAUACCAGCAUUGUUGAAUGCGUCACUAGAAUGCGCCACUUCCAGCCCUGGUCCUCGCUUAUUCUGUUGCACUAAAACAAGUGUGAAACAGCCCUAUAUACUAUAUACUACUAAUGAACUAGCCAAGUAGAUGUUGAAUUAACAAAUUUGAACAGUUGAUAAUCCUAGGUAUUCUGCACUUGGUUGGUUGUUAACGUUCUUACCACCAAUUUAAAUUAGUCCAGUAAUCCCUCACAGUGUGUAUAUCCAUAUCCAUCAAUUCCUAUUUGCAUCUCUCCACCCAUCCCUCUCUCCACCCAUUCAUCUAUCCACCUAUCCAUCCAACCAUCUAUGCAUCCAUCCACCCAUCCACCUACCCACCUAUCCCUCCAACCAACCAUCUAUCCAUCCAUCCACCCAUCCAUCUACCCACCUAUUCAUCCAACCAUCUAUCCAUCCACCCAUCCAUCUACCCACCUAUCCAUCCAUCCAUCCAUCCAUCCAUCCAACCAUCUAUCCAUCCAUCCACCCAUCUACCCACCUAUCCAUCCAACCAUCUAUCCAUCCAACCAUCCAUCCAUCCAUUCAUCCACCCAUCCGUCCACCCACCUAUCCAACCAUAUAUCCAUCCAUCCACCCAUCCAUCUACCCACCUAUUCAUCCAACAAUCUAUCCAUCCACCCAUCCAUCUACCCACCUAUCCAUCCAUCCAUCCAUCCAACCAACCAACCAUCUAUCCAUCCAUCCACUCAUCCAUCUACCCACCUAUCCAUCCAUCCAUCCAUCCAUCCACCCAUCCAUCUACCCACCUAUCCAUCCAUCCAACCAUCCAUCCAUCCAAUUCAUCCACCCAUCCAUCUACCCACCUAUCCAUUCAACCAUCUAUCCAUCCACCCAUCCAUCCAUCUACCCACCUAUCCAUCCAAGCAUCUAUCCAUCCACCCAUCCAUCCAUCUACCCACCUAUCCAUCCAACCAUCUAUCCAUGCAUCCAUCCAUCCAUUUGUCUAUUUGUCAUUAAGGUAGACCUUUUUGCAAAAUGCCCAAAUGAUCAGCUUUUUACUAAUUUCUUUCUACAAUGUCUGCACUCCAACUCUGAGAAAUCCUGAUGGUUAUUCACUAACAACUAGAUUGAGGGAAAGUUAAACUCAAUUUUAAACCAAAGUAAGUCAAAACUAAAACAUAGCUGCAUUGAACAUUGUUUUUGCAGUUCAGCUGCUGUGCCCAAAAAUGUGAAGUUACUUUUACUUUACUUUGGAUUCCCAACAAUGCCCCCUUUAGAGAAUAACCCUCUGAACGUAUAUUUUCUCCCGUGUAGACCAGAAAGCUUGAGUGAUCAUUGUAUACUCAAGGUUCCAUAUGCACAUGAGAACAUUGGAAAUGUUUAGAGCUGAAUAGUCAUCCUCCAAAGGGAGGUAUGAAAGGAGUAUACUGAAUGGAGACAAUCUCAAAGGGAAUGUUGAUGGGUUCACCCCUAAAGAGCAUAAUACUAUUUGCUGCCAAGUUUGAGGGAGUGGAUGAUCGUAUUUACCAGCCCUUGUGACCCAUGUUUAUUACAUUACUCUAGAGUCCCAUCAAUUAUUAAUUUCAAAGCCUUGGGUGCAACUCAACAAAUAGAAUUAAUUCUCAUUUCCUGGUUUACAGUGUUCGGGAAUGAUCUGUUUGUUAAUAUGGCUGCUACUUUAAGUGUUGAAAUUGUUAAACUAUUUAGUUAUGAAUACUCUAACGCUGUAAAUGUUUUGUUUUUUAAGGUGAUGCUUGCCUACCCAGUUCUGGAGAUACAUAUGAUUUUAUCCAAACCAACAUGGGGAGAUUCUGCCAACAGGGAUCAGUUAGUGAUAUUCAGGGAUUUUACCCAGAUGUUGAUACAGUAAGUGUUACAAGAUAUUGUGCACUGCCAACCUCGCUCAUUUCAGUUCAGAUUCCGGAGUGAAGAAUGCAAUUUUCAUUUAAGUUUCCUUCGUUCUAGUCUUCCCUGCCAAUGUGGUGAUAGUGUUCUGUAAUGUUAUGUAAUUUAUGUAUUUUUUUUCGUGGUUAUUCUGUUACAUUUAGCAAACUGUGCAGUUCUGACUUGUGCCACUAAUUCAUUACAUCUGUGCCCACCUAUAUGUUGGUGUUGUAACGUUUUAUCAAACCUAACCCCACAUUCUUACGUAAUGUUAUUAUUUGGCUAAUUUCUAUUCAUUCAUACUUACAUCUGAUUGCUUAAAGCAAUGAUUUGUUGCCUCAUGAAGAUAUUUAAUAAGUCCUGUUAACACAUUAUUUUCAUCCAAUCCUACAUCAACUUUUUCAAUGCAUGAAUGCAUUCAUUGCAUCUGCAGGCAGUGUUUUCAAAGUGAAACCGCUAGCAGUAAGAUAACAUUGUUAUAUGACAUAGAUUUACAUGAUGACUGCUCUAAAUCCAGAUUUAAAAAAAGAAAUUAGAUAUUAGGCCAUCUACUUGCAUUGGGAGGUUUUGGUCUAAUACCUACCCAUGGGAUACAAAUAAAUGAUCAGAUUGAAAUAUCACACCCGAUGACCAAAGGUCUCAAUUUUCAACAGCAUAGUAACAACAUGACACAAUGUUGUUUUCUAAAACAGCUAAAACACGCUGUGACAUGACGGUAUGUAACAUUCUAAAGUUAAUUAAACUUUACAUUAUUUAUCUUAAAUUAUCAGGUCUAUUAUAUUUUAAUUUCAGAUCUGAUUAGAUUAUUUUUUUUAACUCUAAGCAUCCAAUGUUUCAUUUAAGUAGUGGGUUCCCAGUUGCAUAUUUUGUCUUUUAACCAAACCACUCACAUCAUGGCGAAGUUAAAUUAUGAAACAAAUAUUAAUUAAAACCAUAAAAUAUGCUGUCAUAUUCCCAUCCGACUGGCAUGUAAAACAUCUAUGCCACAAGUUUAUUUACAUUUUUGUGUAAUUACAAUUUCUGCAUAUAGACUGACAUUAUAGUUUUAACAGCAUGUCAGUUGUCAUUUGUAAUAACCCCAAGUCCAACAAAGAGUCUUGAUUGUAGAUUUACAAACCAAAUGUAUUGGAUUUUCUUAGAAGUAAUAAUAAAAUCAUGAAACAAUAGCUGUAGCCUGGACGUCAAAACAACAUCAUCUAUAUACCUCCAAUAAACCAUAAAUAUGUAACACAUUUGUAAAAUUUUGGAUUGAUUACCAUCAACACCCAAAAACAUAACAAGAAGUAAACAAAGUAAAAGUAAAAGAUCGAUGAAGAUAAAGGAAACUUCACGUAACUUGUCUUUCUGGACCACAUCAUGUUUUCUAGCGUGUUUAGUUUGAUCAGUAGCAAAAUAUUGUUCUAUCAUGUUAAAAUGUGAACCUCUGCUUACUAUCAGAGCAACAUCUUGUGGCCUAUGUCUGCUGAAAAAUGACUACAUUGAUAAAAGAAGAUAUAUAUUUUGAGUGAGAAACAAUAUGUUCUUUCUAAACUGAGACAUGGAAUGUAUAAAAUAUCAUACAUGCAGCUCUCUUUAAAUGAUUCCUGCAUAGAAAAACCAUUAACCAUAGAGUACAUUAAGAUAAUUUGUUACUUUAUGAAGAUGUCUACUGCACUGUCCGCCACGUAAAAGAUUGGGAAUUUGAAAUUGCUUCUUACACAAGCACAGUAUUUUAUCUCAAAGGACAGGAGUCAGAAAGAUUAAAAUCUGGAAGAAUUUAUAAUAGCGAUAUUGUAUUCCCCUUCAAUAUGUAUUUUGUCAUGUACUCAAGAAAGACCCGUUCAUUCUGACAAUGUAUAUCAUAUGUACAUUGACAUAUGCAAGAUUGGAAUGUUGUAUAUUUAUGUAGUUAAUAUUCCAUAUUAAACUUUAUUUUCUUGUAUGUAAUGUGAGGCAGAGGCACUUUCUGUACAGCUGUUAUGUUAUAUAUGCCCUGUUACAUUUUAUGUAGUACCUCUACGUUUGCUAACCUUUCUGUGUAGCUGUCUGUUUGCUUAUAAUAAAUAUUGAUUUAAAAAAAAAAAACAACAACAAAAAAUCUGGUGAUUUUGAAUAAAGCAUUUGCUUGCAAGACGUAUUUGUGCUUGAUAGUACUAACCCGGUUGCUACUGGUUAAACUAAACUUUUAAAGAAUAGAAAUAGGGAACAUAACUAACCCUUUAGUGACCAGGCUGACAAUGCACAAUCAUAUUGCCAUAUUAGAUGAACACAUUAGUUAGAAGUAUAGGUUAAUGGAAGUUGCGGCCUACUAUUUGUCCUUUCCCGACUUAAUUUAAACUCCUCAACUCAAAUUUUUUCAGUCAAUCUGGUUAUUCUAUUGUAACACAAUCA